GGCCUGGCUGGAAAGCAAUGGCACGGGCGAUUCUGCAGACGGGCCUUUCCUCGCAUGCACGUUCUCUUGCUUUUCCCUUCCUCUUCUGCUUGCUCGUGGUGGCAAGUGCCACCCCCCUGUUUUGCGUGCGAUGGUUCAGUCCCUCCUGCCGCUGCUUCGUUUUCUACGGUCAGCAGAUGGCGCCCUGAUGCUGGCCAGAGGGGUGGGCUUAGGGGCGGGGGGCCGAGCAUGAGGUAAUGGUGGUGAGAGGAGGAGGAGGGAGCUCGCGCGCUCGAGACGUCGCGUUCCCGGGGAGCUCGUGCUGCGGCUCCUACUCCAAAACCUUGCUAAGGCAGGGAAGUUGUAGCGGGAGAGGCUGCGGGUUGCAAUAGGCAGGAGUGAAGUGCCCGUGCCGUGCAAUGGGUGAUUGUUUCUCCGCUGUGGAAAGCGGGCAUCGCGUCUGGUGGAGGCUUGCAUUUCUCCUGCUGUGCCGAGAAAAUCCCACUCACCCGGAUUCCUCGUAGAAAGGAGGCAGGCAGAAAAGCAACAGGGAGGUGGAGCUGGAGCGAUUGCUGCAUCUAGUGCACGGGGAGGAGGAGGAGGGGGGAAACUAGAGCAUGAAAUUCCGAGAAGGGCUCGCUGAGAAGGAUCCCCCGUGCAGCUGCAGAGAGGAAAACAGGAGGAGGAGAUGCAACUGGUGUAACUGAGUCACCCUCCUUUCGCUGUAAAGAUAGUGAGACAUUCCCCUCGGAGCCACUUUACAGAGCAAAUGACGGAACCUGCUUUUCCAGCUCGCUGAGUGGAUGGAUCCUUGUUAUUUUUUAAAUGCAUGCAUUUUUAUAGGCAGUGAAGCAAGAGUCUUCAAGUGGGUGGGAUGAGAGCUUUAGAAGCCUUUUUUAAAAAGGUGCAUGAAGCGAGCAGAAUCGAGGCGCUUGUGAACCCGCAAAGCCCAGCUCUUCGCUGCCAGGGAGAGAAAGGGAGAGAUUUGACAAGAGCAAGAUCUGGAACUGAUCCAAGAAGCAGCCAGCCAGCUAGUGGCCGUGACGUUGCAGAGUUUAAAGGGGGUAGAUGAGACCGAUCGGACGCUGACCGGGCGAAAAGGGGCUCCUCCGGGCGCCGCUUGGGAUCGGGAGAGCUUGCUUGCUUGCAGGAGACCGCCACCAAUAUGCUGCUGGCUUCGGCCGUGGUGGUUUGGGAAUGGCUGAACGAGCACGGGCGCUGGAGACCCUACAGCCCCGCCGUCAGCCACCACAUCGAGGCGGUGAUCCGAUCCGGGCCGAGAGUCGGGGGAAGCGUCGUCCUAGGCCAGGUGGACAACCGCCUGUCGCCUUAUAUCAUCGACCUGCAGUCCAUGCACCAGUUCCGCCAGGACACGGGUGAGUGUGCCCCGGCGUGGCCUGGAGCGCCCACCCCACCGCGUGGCCCGGUAGCCGGCCCUCGCCUUCCUUUCUCUUCCCCGGCCGGUCCCAUCUCUCCCUCCCUUGCCUGACAAAAGGCCACACCGGGGAUCGAACCCCUGGGAUCGAGAAACGUGGUGUCCAAAGUAAUCUAGGUGGAGAUCCGUGGUGGGAUCAGCCCCUCGAUUGGCACGGGAGGGGAAGGCGGUGUAAGAGAGGAACCGAUGGGGAGGCCGGAGAAGGAGUCGCCCGAGGUGGGUGCGCGCGGUACGCUGGCGUGGCACAGGUCCCUAACCCGCCUGGCGACUGCGAAGGCAGAAAAUGAGACGAGGGAGCUCAUCUAAGGGUUUCUCGGCCACCUGGAUGUCUUCGGAGUUCCUCUUUAACCUGGGCAAACCUUGUACUUUGGAUUAACGCGAGUGCAAGUUUGGGAACUGCCUGCGUAGCCCAGUCAUAUUCACAGCCGAAAGUGCCGUUGCUAGUUGUUCUCAGGUGCCUUGCUUAGCCUUCAUGAACUCCCAAGCGCUUGCAUACCUGCAAAGGAAAAGCAAGUGUGCGACUGCGGGGUGGCAAGGGCUUUCUGGGCCACAGGCAGUAUUGGGAGUUUACUUGGGAGUAAACUCCAUUGGGCUCAGUGGGAUUUAGUCCUGCGUAAAAAUGCAUAGAAUUGGACUUGCGUGUGCCUCAGAACAGAGAAGAAACAUAGUUGGAUCACCUAGGUCCAGGGAAGAUUGUGUGAAGAUUGGGGGAAUAAUAUGGGAUAUAUUGGAACUUUUUAGGUACUGGGUCAGAGCAAGACCGAGCAACAAGGAAAACCAGAAUUUCAUAAUAGCCAUUCCCCAGGAAUCGUGAAGAAAUAUUAUGUUCACUGUACUCAAAAUCUUUGCACUGCAUUUUAAGUGGUCUGGAGUCAGUUAACCCCCCCCCCCUCUAAACUAAUGGAGUUUAGAAUAUCCCACUUCCCCUGUAAUUGUGGAUUGACAGGCAGUGACAGAUAGUGGUUUACUUACCCAGGAUGAUUAAAAGGUUGUUAAAGAGUAGCAACAAAUCCGAGUGAAAUGAAACUGUGUUUGCACCCUGAGGGUUCUCUACUCCUCCUUCACCCUGGAGUCUUGGAAAAAACAACAACCCAUAUGGCUCUGAGUGGAUGGAUGUUUACUACUGGUUCUGACCAAAAUAAAUGUUUAGGGACAUUCAUCAAGGAUAUAUGCUAACCUUUAGAAUUCGUGUGUGAAAAAUGAAAGUUAUUUCCAUUUUCUGUCAGUUGUCUGCUUUCUUUCAGUUUUCUUCUGUCAGCUAGGGUUGGGGGGGGGACCCACAAGGCUGGAAUAGUAGUGUGAUAUUGAAUAGCAAACCAAAUAAAGUCCUGCUGAUUGGCAGGGUUUGGAAACAUUGGUUGAGAUGUGGGUGGUGCUGCUGCUGCUCUUGCUCUCCGCCUCCCCCUCCCCCCCUUCAUAAGCACCUUGAUCAAAGGAUUUACCGGAGGGGCUGAAUGCCGCUAGUUAAAAUGUUCUUGAAAUACCUUCAGUGAUGCAAUUGCAGUCUCAUGAUUGAAGGGGGGGGGAAUCAAUUGUAGGUGGAGAGAGAGAGAGACUGAGUGCUGUCUUUGCUGACAAGAGGAAAAUACCCUGGGAAAGCCAUCAGCCUCCUUGGCUGGGAAUCCCGGUUUGCUACUGCCAGUGAGCUCACGUCAAGAAGAGGUAAAGCUAUUGGAUCAGGAGGAGAGCUGGGAGGAGAUAACAGGUGAAUCAGGCCACCACAGUGCAUAGGAAUGAGAGCCUCCCCUUCUGGUGCAGCAGACUGCAUUUUGGAUAGACUGAAGCUAGAUGAGGGAGGAAGAGAUGUUGAAAGCAAGACAGGAAUUGAACAGGAAUAUUUUAGGGGAGGAUCCUCUAACUGAACAGAAGAAGGACGAGAGAAGGAGGCUUACAGCUCAUCUGAGGGCAAGGGGGACACCGCAAGAGAUCUACAGUCAGAUUUCUAACUUUGGGUACUGAGAAGCUGGAAAUAUUUCUAAAUAUUCCAUUCAAGAGAGCUCUGAAAAUGUAAUAAAUCAGCAGCCGAUCCUAUGGCCAUUUGAUCUGCUCGCUCCAGGGCUGAAGUAAACCCUGUAUCUGGUCUGUCAUUUUGAAGGAGUGUUUUCCCGCCCCCCCAUCAUCUCUAAGUAUAUUUUACCUUCAGUUUAUUUUUAAAUAAAAGUGAGAUUUUUUUAUUUAAAAAAAUGACAGUAUGAAGAGAAUCAAAAUCAGUGGAGUCCUCUAACACCUUAAAGCAACCUUUGCCAACCAGGUGCCCUCCAGAUGUGUUGGACUGCCAUCAGCUGCUAGGCAUUGUAGUCCCAAACCUUUGGAGGGUAGCAGGUUGGUAAAGGCUGCCUUAACAAAUGGCACAUACUGUAUAUAUUGUGGCCUAAGCUUUUGUAGUUCUUCGGACAUACAUUAUUGCCUUUAUCCCUCUUUCCUAGCAAAAAUGGUUUCUAAAGCAUCUUACAGAUAUAAAACAUAGGAAAAUACAAUAAACGAAUGAAAAUCAGUUUAAACACAAGAACAAGUAGCUUAAGACUUAAAUAACUUCACAGUCACUCUAAAGAGCAGGUACCCAAGUUAUGAAAGGAGAUUCUGACUAAACAGUUUCUGAUGCUAAGAGUUGGUUGACACAGUGGCACAGACUCCCACAAGAGGUUGUAGACUCUCCUUCACAUUGGAGGUUUUAAGUUGAGGCUGGAUGACCACCUGUCUUGUAUGCUUUGUACAAUUCUGUGAUUCUAUCCUUUUGAACACAGGUAAGAAGCUGACGGCCCAGGCCUCCAUAGGACCACACAGAGGGUAUCAUUACAAAUAGAUACAUGUACAGUGGUGCCUCGCAAGACGAAUUUAAUCCGUUCCGCGAGUCUCUUCGUCUUGCAGUUUCUUCGUCUUGCGAAGCACGGCUAUUAGCGGCUUAGCGGCUAUUAACGGCUUAGUGGCUUUAAGAAAAAGGAAACAAACUUGCAAGAACUCGUAAGACGUUUCGUCUUGCGAAGCAAGCCCAUAGGGAAAUUCGUCUUGCAGAACGACUCAAAAAACGGAAAACUCCUUCGUCUAGCGAGUUUUUCGUCUUGCGAGGCAUUCGUCUUGCGGGGCACCACUGUAGUCUUCAUAGUAGGGACUCUCAAGCUGAGCUUUAAUGCACUGUGGAGAAUAUACAUCCCCAGUACAUCCAUGACUGUGAUAAUCAUUCCUACAACAGCAUCAUUAGUAACUAUCUGAAGGACUUCCACUCUGCCCUUUCUUUCUUGGUGUCCUGUAUGCUAGGAACUGCCUUCCAGAACACUUGCAUGAUAUCACUUCUCUUACUUCAUUUAGACAUGUGAAUCCCAGGUGAGGAACUGGAAGCCCACAUCCUCACUACAAUUUGUGGGGCCUUCCUAUCUAGCCCACAGACUACUCCAGCAUCAGUUAGGCUUGAAAACAGUUUCCCACAGAAGGCUUUCAAGGCCAAAUGCAGUGUAUACGUUUGUGUGUGGGUUGGGGGACGGGUCAUAGCUGGAGAACGAAGGGUUAACACUUUCCCAUCUGCAGUCUCCAUGAAGAUCAAAGCCCUCCCUCCUUUGCCAAUUAGUCUUGGAAAAAGCUAGAAUGCUUCCCCCCCCCCAAAGCCCAACUGCUGUGGGGGGUGGGGGUGAGAGCAAAAAUUUGUGUAUGUAUGUAUGUGUUUGUGUGCAUAUAUGUAUGUUCAAACAGUGUGUGUGUGCUGUGCUUGUGCCAACACUGACCUAGUGUGCUUUGGGGGCACACUGGCAAUGCAAGUGUGCCCUCAAGGACCUACAAGUUUGGUCCUGAGAGAGCAUAGCCUCAGGUGGAAAAUGAUUCCCCACCCCAGUACUAGAUCAACCAAUCCAUUAACUUACAUGGAUUAAGCUUUAGUUUAUUAUCCCCCAUUCAGUCCACUAUUAACUCCAGAGACAGUUUGAAGAAUCAAUUGCCUUCCUGGGCUACAAAAGAAGAUUACUGGAGGUCAUUAGCCUACUUCUUCCAAUAGUUUGAUUUUGAAAGGUGUGGCACUCUACAGGUUAAUUCCCAUAAGGUUGGAGCCACAAUUUCCUGUCACCCCCUUCAGCUACCAGCCUAUCUGUUAGAAGCAGAUGCCUGUCAGGCAGUCUGGAAGGAUACCAUGGGAGAUGGUUCUGAGAGCUGAAGAAAAGUCUGCAAGGUUCAACAGGGACACACUCCCUCCAUUUGUCUCCUGCUGAAGGUUGUCAACUAGCAUGACUAAAAUGGUUCUAGAUCUUAUCUGGGCAUCCUGCAAGUAACAUUUCGCCUUCACACACCAUCUGUAUGGCUUGUUUCAGGUGCCCACGCUGCCCUGCCACAGAAUUUACUGCCACAAAUACUUUCCUGCCAGGGUUUGGGAGUGCUAUGUAAAUCAUGCUCCUCCCAGCCCACCAAACAGUUGUGACACCCACCUACCUAAGCGUCCUCCCAUUGCUAUAUGUACCCCCCACCCAGGGGCCAAAAAUGCACCCACCCACCCAAUAAUGCUUUAUUUCCCCUCUGGAAUCACGAGAGUUGAGUAUUCUGGGGCCUUUCCACGAUAAGGCCUAGUUGCCUUGCUUCUGCUGUACCCUUUGAAGCCCGGCCUUGAAGGCAGGCUGUGAAGUGGAGGCAUUCAUCCCUGCAGAGCUGAAAUUACCUCACAACUGUGAAAUGAAAUUCAUCUCAGAGCCUUGAUGCAUGCUUUCUUCCUCUCUGCAUGAAAUAUGGGCACCCACAUAAAGAAUGUUUGGUGUGUGGAUAAAGUGUUAGGAGCACAGAAGACUUAUGGGACUGUUUGUGUGCUGCUCGGAGCAGUGCAAUAGCUGCCUGGAAUGCAUAUGUUAGGAACCCCAGUCUGGAAAUCUAGCUCUGCUAUACUAGUGGUAUAGCAAGUGGUAGAGCAAGUUAAGAGUGUGAACUAUGGAGUGGGUAUUCCUGAUUCAUAUGUCAACGUCAGCCCAAGCUGGACAGUUUUAGUCCAUCCAGGGCCUUUUUAGUUGUGGGACACUGGUUGUGGAACUCCUUCCAAAAAAGCUUUGUUCCUUCAGGCUUUUAGUAUUCUUUAUUUAGUCUUGCUAAUUAGUAUGGCACGUAACAGGAUUGUUAGAAGGAGUGUUAAUAUGGCCUGCCCAAGGAUUAACAAGGUAAUGAAGAUGUACUGCCUUGGACACUCAGUAAAAGAGCUAUUACCUGUCUUGCAUGCCUACUGCUUGCUGUGGCUCCCAGCACCCCUUCAGCUGCCAUUUUGAUGCAACAUAUUCACGCAUAUCAGCACACAUAUAUCAUGUCAUAAGAAACUAUCAGUGAGCAGCAGAUGGAUGCUGAGACAAAGGCAGUAGCAAAGCAAGGCAACAGGCAAAGUCUUGAUUGUGGCUUUCCACCUGUCGAUUGUGAAACAGACUUGUAAGGUUAAACUUAUUGCCUGACUUAUCAGAUAUUCAUCAACUGAAGGGAUAGCUAACCUUCAGCAUGCCAGAUGUUUCUGAACUACAGUUCUCAUCAUCCCUGACUAUUGGCCAUGCUGGCUGGAGCUGUUGGGAGUUGGAGUCCAGCAACAUCUGGAGAGCCACAGGCUAGCCACCCCUAAUAUCCUGGUUCAGGGGUUUGAGUGCCCAGAACCUGUAAAAACAUGAGAAUGGUCUGGCCUUGCAAGGCAAAAAAUAAUCUAGCUGAGCAUUCUAUGCACUAGCCAGAUGCUAUGGGAAAGCUUACACUGUGAACUUGCGAGAGAUUGCUAUGUCUGUCAGGGGCAGUCCUACCGUUAAGCAGAGAGAGGCAGCUGCCCCAGGCAGCUGAAUUUUAGUGUCAUAAAAGGGACAGAAACUUGUUAAGUUAUUCAAUUUGAAUCAACAUAUUUUUACUCUCAAGGAGUGGCACUUUUGGAUUUUGUGUCUCCGGCACCAAAAUAACAUGGCAAGUAUUUGAUCCUAAUCACGUUGACUUGAGAGAGGUGUGUGCGGUACCAUUUGCCUAUGGUGAUCUUGUCCUAUCCUCCAUGAAUUCAACUCGCCCAUUUAAAAAAGGAAUUGGUGUUUGGUGACCAUCCGUAAACCAUGUGGGAAUGAACUUUGUAAGCUGAGUAUGCAUUGUGUGAAGAGAUCGUUAGAGAGAGUUUGUCCUCCAGUUGUGGCUGAUCAAUUUCAUUGGGCACUUUAAUGCCCAAGUUAUAGUGUUUACACACACACACUGAUAGGAAUUUAUAGGCAGAGCUUUUGCCAUCCUGAUAAAGGAAAAUUGUGAAGGAUGCAACAAUUGCACUGAUAUUGAUGGAUCAUCUGCAGAAUUUGGUUGUGCAUAUCUGUACAUUUGUAUAGAUGUGGAUGGUGCCUCUAAAACUAGCAUUCUGGCCACUCCAUUCCUCAGCAUGGCGGAUGUGGGCUGAACAUUGUGAUGCAAUUACUACUGAAGGAGUUAGCACUGCAGGGUGUGCUUUUGCUCCCGAGCCAUUAGCAUGCAGGCCACCUCUUGUCUGUGUGGUGGUGGCCUGGGCUCCCUCGCUCCCCACCCCUUCCCUGAACUCACUCCCUUCCUCUUGAAUAAAAGCACUGUCCUUCUCCUCUUUGAGUGGUUGCCACGGUGAUAAGAGCCAUGUGUCUGCCUGUCCUUCCACCUCCCUCCCUGAAUUUUGCUGAAGCAAAGUCAAACUAAUUUUGAAGUCUAAGCUCGUCCCAUCUUGGCGCUAGAGCCAGUGGGUCAGGAAAGAAAGUGGGCCAGGCAGCCUGCCGGCCUGUCUAUAGGCCUUUGUCAGCUCUGAGACAGGCAGAGAUUAAUGUUUGCUUUGCUCUUGGAAAAGGAAAGGCUGAAGAAGAAUACCAACAAAUAAACAAAAGUUUCCUUCAAAUCUAGCAGGGUCUCUGCAGUUAGGGGAGGCAUUCAUUUGCCUGAGGAAAGAACAGUAAAGGAUUUCUGCCCAUUAUGUUUAGAAUUUUAUCUAGAGACUCAUUCCUUUUUCCUUAUAUUUCACUUUUGAUAUUCAGGGUGUUUUGUAGGACUUCAACUCACUUGUGAAUUUGUUAUUCCUCCCAUUUUACAGAUGGGGGUUACAGUGGCCAUGUCAACAGUGGAUGGAAGGAGAAUUAGUGCAGGCAGAAUUUCCCACACAUGACCGAUUAAAUGCAUUGCAUGAGUGAAUCCAGCUGUAAGACCAUGUCCUGAGGGACAUAUCAAAGACUUAUAUCUUAUUAAAGGUACCUUAUUUUAUUCUCACAGCAGCCUUAGGUGAAGUCACCUAUUACGUUUCAUGACUGAGUGGGGACUUGAACCCACAUCUCCCUGGUUAAGACAGACAAGUCUAUCCACAGUGCCUUUCAGGUGUCCUAUAAAGCCAUGGUUGUGUUCAUAUUUGAACCCUGGUUGAUUCAACACAUUGCACUAGGUCUGAUGAAUUAUAUAGUACAGUUCAUCAUCUAGCUUGCUUUCCAGGUCUGAAUAAAGAACAUAACUCCUGCAUCCUAUACUUCAAAAAAUAUUUGAAUUCAAAAAAUAUUUGAAUAAGGAGGCAGCAAGAGACUUGGGUAAAACCAUUAAAGAGCAUGGUGGGUUUUGCUCUGCAUGUGUAUGAGAAAGAGACGACAAGCUUUUAAGCACCAAGAGAAGUGUUUUAGCAUUUCAGAUACUUUUUUCUUUCUUUCUGGUUUGCUCUUUAGCUGUUUGGGUUUAAUUUGUUUUUGUUUUCCAGUAUUUUGCUACAUUUACAUGUUGGAUUUAAAUUGUGUGUAUAUGUUUUGUGUGAAUUAUUUUUUAUUCACACUCCUGUGCUCCAUCGUGGCAUCUUUUGAUGAAGUGUGGGUAGCAAAUAUUUUGAAUUUUUAAAGAAAGAAAUAUAAAUCCCAUAAAUUCCAGUAAGCGUGGGCUCAUAAGUUUGAUGAGCGUCACGUGGAGACUGGUUGAAACAAUUCUUACUGUGAAUACUUGCCCAAUAAGUUGCUGCUGUAAGGUGCAGCACUAGACAUGUGAAGGCUUCUGGCGGGGUACAGAAAAAUUGGAGGGGACCCCAAUUUUCCACCUAUUUUUCUAUGCCCCCCCCCCAGUUUGGGGGGAAAUGAACAGGAGGAGAAAAUUUCCCAGGCCUUCAUAUCUCUGUUAGCACUGCUCUCCCUUUCUCUGUUCCUCCUCAUCUGGCGUGUGUCCCUGUUAUAGCAGCAGCAGUACAGAAUCCAGCCAUGAUGGGUAGUAAGUCAUCAUACAGAGGCCAUUUCCAGCAGUCCACCUUAUUCGAACUAAAGUCUUCUCAGGAGUGAGGUGGGAGCUGUAACAGCUUCAUGGUCUGGUCCCAACCACCCCAGUGCUUUUUGCUCUUUUCAGAGACUGUUCACAAGACAAUACUAACAUUAAGAAGAACCAAGUUGGAUCAGGCCAAAGACCUCUCUAGUUCAGCUUUUUGUUCUCGCUGUUGCCAACAAGAUGCCACUGCUUGAGUGGUAGGACAUCUGCUUUGCAUGCAGAAGGUCUUGUGUUUGAUCCCUGGCAUUUCCAGAUAGCACAGGGCUAGAUGAACCAAUGAACGGAUUCUGUAUCAAGCAGCUUUUAUGGGAAACCCAAAAAGGAGGAUAUGAACUCAACAGCACUGUCUUGCUCAUGGUCCCCAGCACCUGAGUGUGUUACUAGAGGCAAAAUUGCCACCAGGACUCAUAGCCAUUGAUGGUUUUAUCCUCCAUGAAUUGAAUAUAUGUAAUUACGGUACUCCAGACUUAGUCCGUUCUAAAUUAAUUACUGCAGAAUAAAUACAGCCACUAAUACAAAUUAGAAUUCCUAUUCCACACUUUAGGACUACUCUUCUCUAUUUUACUAAGUGUGCAUGCUGCCAGGACCUGGGGUUGGUUACCACUCCCUGCAUCGUGUGCAUACUGCAUAGACACAGGGUGAAGAAAUAAGGUUGCCUUUCACAUAUUUUGAGGAACACUGUGGGUAUUCAGGUACAAUCCUCUCCCCCGCCCCCGUAAUGUGUGAAGUCUUCAUCAUUUUUUGCCAUGACUAAUGGAAGGCACACUAAUAUUUACCUGGACUGACACUUCAGGUGGGGGGGGGAGGGAGGACAUACUCUUUCAAGGACAAGGUGUAAUUCUGUUCCCGGUGCUCUUUAAACUCCUCUGAUUGAGAACAGAUAGACACAAAAGUGCAUUAAAAAUCCAUUAAAACUGGAGUAAUUAUGCAUGUGAACAUAGGCCAGAUCCCAUUAAAUGUGAGUGGGGUUGUUCAGAUCUUUUUUAAGGUUAGGAUACCAGGCCGGUUUUUGGCAGCCAAAGAUCUACUGGCUCCUUGAGAAAGGGGAAUGCUGUCAAUAUCCUGUUGAGAAGCUGCCUCUGAGGAGGGUGGGCAGAAAUCCCCUCACACCCCAGACUGAAUGAGCGAUUGUUCUGCCUGUCUCCCCUCCUCUCCCUCUCCAGUUGCUAUGAAUGUUGUUGUUUGGGGUCAUUAAGGAGUUCUGAUGGUAGAGGGGUUGUGACCCUGGCAAGGUCUUGAAUAGCUAUUGUCCCUUUUCUUCCCUUGUUGAAUGGGAGGCUGAAGGCCUGAUUCAGAAUGACCCAGGGAGUGGCGGGAGGAUUUUCCCACAAGGUUGAUGGAUGGAGCCAGAUGCUGAAAUUCCAGCACCCACCCCCCAUGCUGGUUCCUUCCCCUUCUUGUGAUGGAUUAUAAUAAAUUAUAGGGUUUGCACUAGCGGUACUGCGGUUUAGCUUGUAACAGGCUUCUCCAUUGUAUUGCCUGAUUAUUUCUUAAGAGUCCACCUCCCCACAUAAUUUCUUCAGAAAAUGCCCUUUCUGCCUGAAAUACCUUGUUAUGGUGUGUGUGGUCUUCCCUGAUCCAUGGUAUUUACUUCGCUCAAGCCUAAGGAGGCAAGGAAUUCUUAAGAGAUCAAAACAGGGAGUGGGGGGAAUAUCCAGGUGUUAGCCAUAGAAAGCUGGUUGCCUUUAUUAAUUCAUGCCUACCUUCUUUCACCCCAGCAAUAAAUUCUUCAGACAUUUUAAUGGAACAAAAUCCAAUCACAGCAGCGCCUUUCUUUUGUGACGUGCUUGCUACAGUGCAUUUGCUGCUAAAUUAUAAAGCAUUUCAUGUAAUUCAGGCUUAAACUACAAUCAACAGAAUAAAUGAUCCAGGUUUAUCCUUUCCUUUUCAUUGUUUGAUCACUUGCUAAUCCAGAGUGUUCAGCCAUCUGUGCCAGGCACCUGUUCCUUGUGCAACUUUGCAUGGUGCUGUUACUCUCAGAAGCAAUUUCUGGAACUGCUCAGGGUGGUGGAGGCUGCUUUCCAUAAAUUGGAACCCCAAAUCACCUUGGUGCCACACAUCCACUUUUGUUUGGAGUUGCAGAUUCUGGGAGUGAUGUGGCACAUCGUUUAAUGAUGAGUUAUUCUCCAUUGGCAUUUUAACCAUUAACAAAAGGUAGCAAAUCUGUUUUUUAUAUUUGAUCCGCUUUUUUUUUGAGCUGGUCUUCUUCUUCUUCUUCUUCUUCUUCUUCUUCUUCUUCUUCUUCUUCUUCUUCUUCUUUGGUAUUCUUUUAUAUACCACAGAAUCAAUAAACAUAUAUCUACGUGGUAUCUAUACUUCAGUUAAACCCAAAACAAUAUGACUAAUAAGAUCAAAGCAAAAUACAUUAAAGGAAUGGAAGAUAUGAAGGUUAUAAGAAUAAUAAUUCAUUUUCAUAUGAAGGCUUGCUGAGAUAACGAAGCCUUAAGUUGACGCCUGAAACUCAUUGUACAGACAACUGGCAUUUGAUUUCAUUUGGUAGAGUUCGAUAAUCCUGGUGCCACCAAACAAGCACAGCUGCUUGUUGAGGACAGUCUUAUACUGCCAGGAGCAGUCAGACUUGCCUCAGUGGCUGAUCGCAAAGACAGGGCAAGGGUAUAGGGGAUGCGGUGAUAUUUUAAGUGCACUGACCUUGGGUUGUUCAGGGCUUUAUUAUGUACUAAUAGUAAGUCCUUGAAGAUAGCUUUGGUUGUUUACUGACAGUCAGUGCAAGUCCCUCAUCACAGGUGUUAUUGGGCGUGGGCAACUGACAAUGUAUAACAUCCAGGCUGCAGAAUCUACCUCACAUAGAUAGAGACAGGUAUCCUCAAGGUUACCUGUGCUUUUGAACCACCAUAGCUAAUCUAUCCCAAUCCAGGAAUGGUUGUGGUGGGGAUACUGGCUGAAGCUGGUAAAAGGCAUUCUUCACCACUGAACCUCAAGUGACUGAGCUGGAGCCAAGAGUACUGUGUACCUGCUCCUUCAAAACGAGUUCCACCCCAACUGGCUUAUCUUCCUGAUAUGGGAACGUCUCAUCCGUAGUGCUCCUGUCUUGCCAGGAUUUAAAUUUAGUUUAUUGGCCCACAUUGAGCCCAGCACUGCAUCCAGGCACUGGGCCAGAACUUUCAUGCACUCACUCAGCUCAGGUUCUUGCACCAAUGUACCCUUACCUUUCUUUCAAGACGGCCUAGCCUCCUAUUUCUGUGUGGAAGCAGGAUUGGAAUAAAAGAAGAAGUGAAAAGUCAGUCAACCCUGUUUUUGUGCAGGUAUUUAUUUGGAAUCAUGGGGCAAAGGUCAUUUUGGCUCUGGCAUUCCACCCCCACCCCACCCCCGCCACCCUUUUGAAAACAUUUGGGCAGACACAUUCAGUAGUCACUGUAGUUUGUCACUGCCCUAAUUCAGACCUUGCAGUCUUCCUUAUUCGCUUGGAGAAAGGCAAUUUGCAUCUGCUUCUCUCUCUCUCUCUCUCUCUCUCUCUCUCUCUCUCUCUCUCUCUGUCUCUGUGUGUGUGUGUCUGAAAAUGUGAGCAGGAUUGGGGAGCACCACCUACAUGUUAAAGUCCUCUACGAGAAAGGAAUCACCAGAUAAGAAGAAAUGAUCUCUUUGCUAACCAGCUCAACUAAGCAGUUGAGUCUCUAGAAUUAUCACAGCAUUUGUCUCCUGGGGUUCUUCAAUAUUUGAUCAUCCUUUUCUCACUUUGCAAUGCAAAGGUAAUACUUGUUUAACAAGGAAGGAGGAGAAAAACACACUGAUUUAGAAAUAUUUUGGGGUGCCAGCUAGCCCACCUUGAGCUUUUUUGUUUUGAUUAGCUUACUCAAGUUUAAACUAAAAUCUACACAAUUGCUAAAUUAAGUAUACAACAUUUACUUCGUUAUAAUAAUAGUUUUUAUUUUUCCCAGUUCCUUGUUCUGGGCAGAGCCCUGGUAAAUAUAGGUUGUAGUGUAUAAACUAGAUCUUACUCAGUGUCCUCUUCUGAACUAGGUUUUUUUCUGGGGAAAUUGCCAACUUUCCAAUUUUGUACCACCCAUGUAUAAAACAAGUUGUUUAACUUGCUUCAGUAAAUAGUCACCCUCUGUUUUGAAUACUUUUUCUUUUAAAAGGAAAUCCCCGGUCAGAAAUAUUUAUUUGCCUGAGACUGUUGUUAUAAACAGAGAUAAGUGAGUUAAACAUAAUCCCUAAAAAUGAAUAGUUUGCAUUCUUCACAUAAUCUCUAUAGUGGCUUUAUAUCCUAGCCUGCAAAUUACAUGUAUUUUAGCUAAUUAUCCUGUUUUCCAGUCAUCUGUAUCCUCAGUGUGUACAGCAGUUUUAGUGACCAAUUAGCAAGCGAUCCAGACCAGAUCAGCACUAUUGUCAAUUUAUGUUUCAGUUUUGUCAUUCACUGUCCCAUAAUAAAGCUUUCUGUUCUCCCCUUCCCCAUACAAUAGGGUUGCCAUAUUUCAAGAAGUAGAAAUCUGGACACCCCUAAAGUUGUUGAGUUUUUAAAAAUUGUUGAGUUUAGUGUGUGUGUUUUUUAGGAAAACACACUUGCUUCUCUGCAAUUGUAGGCUUAGGUUUUAUACCCCUCCUUUUAGCAUGUGCUGGAUUAGUACAGGUGUACCUGCCAACAAUUAGUUUUACCCAAAUUAUGUCAAAGUAGUCAGAUUAUGCUUCUGCUAAAAGACACCAGCUGAUAAAGGGCAUGAGUCAGCCAGAAUUAUGUGUGUUUAAACCCCAUUUGUUUAAAUGGGAGGGUGAAGCAUUUAGGGUGAGGCUUAUGCAUUUAGGGUAAGUGAUGAGAGAGAUGCAGCCCCAAGCGCAGCCAUACUGGUUUAUUCUGCCCUGUUCACAUUUAAAUGGCGGGAGGGUCUGAUUUUUACACCAGAAGGUGUGUGCUGAGAGCUGAACCUAUUCCCUCCUCCACUUUAACUCUCCACACUCCAUCCUUAAGGGCAUUUUUUUCCUGGCCCAGUCCACUUCCAGUAAUGAUCUGGUUGGGAGAAAAGUUCCUGGGGUGGUGGACUGUGAGAAAUUAAAGGGGAGGAGUGGGAAGUUCUUCUCACCUGUUGUUGUUUAGUCGUUCAGUCGUGUCCGACUCUUCGUGACCCCAUGGACCAGAGCACACCAGGCACUCCUGUCUUCCACUGCCUCCCGCAGUUUGGUCAAACUCACGUUGGUAGCUUUGAGAACACUGUCCAACCAUCUCGUCCUCUGUCGUCCCCUUCUCCUUGUGCCCUCCAUCUUUCCCAACACCAGGGUCUUUUCCAGGGAGUCUUUGAAGACAAACUGCCAAUAUCUGCCUGCUUCAGUGGGUGCUUGGAUCUAAGAGUAUCACUCGACAAGCAGAUUGAACUUCUUCACCAGGCAAAAAGAAAAAGAAAAGAAACAAACCCUCUUCUGCCUAGCAAGGUGGAAUGUCAGGACCAUGUGUCCUGGCUUAUCCACAGACCUGUUGCAGGUCAACGACUCGCAGAAAAUGGCCAUCAUUGACCGUGAGCUGAAAAUGCUCAAUACUGACAUUGCCUCGCUACAAAAAAACCAGAGUUGCUUCAAAUAGCAGCCUCCGAGAUAAUAACUGCACCUUUUUCUGGCAUGGAGGGCAUCCAGAAGAACCAUGUAUUGACAGCUUAGACUUUGCAGUGAGGAACUCUCUUUUGUCUGCUACAGAGGGCUCAAAACACUUGCUCUCUCUGCCUCUCAGCCACCUGCACUCCUGGUUUAAGGUGGGCAGUAGCUGACCAGUGAGAUACAAUUCGAAGACAACUCAGAGCGAUCAUACCUUAAGCCAGUCAGGUUGAGGUUAAGACUCAUAACUGCUGCCUCACCGAAGUUCUGCAACAUAUAAUAAAAGCAUUAAUAUGUGAGAAUCCCUUAACACCUCUAACAUUUCCUUCAUAGAAUAAUCAACAACUGAUUCUGUUCUUACACCCUUUGUUCUCUCAUUUCUAUCAAUGAUGUUGAUUAUACGUGGAAAGUCCUCGUUUCUGUGCUAGUAAGUUUUACCAAAACUUUUGAAUUAGGAAAUUUUCCUAUGCAAAUCUGGCUAACUUGUAUAGAGUAAUUUGCAUAAGAAAAAUCUCAGUUUACACUGUAGGGCCUGCACAGUGAUUUAAUUUAGCAUAUUUAAUUUACUCACAUUCAAAUUAACAAAACUAAACACUUUGAAACUGCCAUGCUUGCCUAAUACUGAAUUUGCAUUUGGCAUCCAUUCACUGUUACUAAUAAGAACAGAAAAGUUUCCCUCAGAAAAAUAAAGGAGUGGGAAACGUCCGCCCCACGUCACUACCUCCAUUACAGUGGUCAGUGAAUGUGGAGCCAUAUGCAUUCUCUCCUGUUGUUCUACUUGCUUGCCCUGUCUUAAUUCAACAGGGCUCAUCAUUUUUGAACCUGGUAAACUGAGUGAAAGAUUUGUGGUAACAGUUGGAACAGUCACAGUAAUUGUGGUUGAUGGGUGGCUUACAAUGAUCUUUCACCUGUUCUGUCAAAUAGUUUAGCAAUGCAUGCCUUUCCCACUGCCUUUUUAAAGGAGUAGUGAAAACAGCCUCUGAAGGAAUUGCGAUACCUUCUCUGUGCUCUUACGUUUGACAAUCAGCUGCACAAGACCCUCUCAUGAUAAUGUCCCUUACCUUGCAAAUGAGUCCGCUCGCCAGAGUCACCUCUGAUGAUUGCCAUUCUGUCACAGCAUUUGAUGACAUAGCAGCUAUUGACCACACAACUGCUUGCUUUCGAAGACUACACAUGGGCUUGGAGGCCAGCCUCGGAUGGGUGGGAUUGAUUGAUUGAUUGAUUGAUUAUCUAUCUAACUUGUGUUUCCUCUGCAAGGAAAUUGAGGGCAGUGUACAUAAGCUCUUCACACCAUACAUUUGUGAGGGGCACAUGCCUCUCACCACUCAAGACUCCUGGGAACAUUACCCUUUACAGAGCUACAAUUCCCAGCAGCCUUAACAAACUACAAUUCCCAGAAAUAUUUGGGCAAGGGAAAAGUCAUGUGCUUUAAAUGUAUGGUGUGUACACAACCAUUGGUGGUCUCCCACCCAGGCACUGACCAGACUCAGACUUGCUUAAUUUCAGUUGAAUCAUUUGCCUUCCAGCCUUUUGUUCCACCCCUGCCCCACUGCCAUUCCCUCCAUAUCUUGGCUUAAUACCCCCACGAUCCCCAGCCAGUGUGGCCAUACUGGUUGGCGCUGAUAGGAGUUGUAGUCCAAAACACCAGGAGGACAGUAAGGCUGCCGAAACCUGGUUAUGCAGCAGAGAAUUCACAAGCAAGAGAGGGGUUGAACAAUACCUCCCUCUUCCUUCCUGUUCUCCCCUGCAAAUGCCCCCAACACUUGCAUUAGAACUAUGAGGUAAAGAUGGGGGUUGGUGACCCUGCGUUUUCCUCAUGUACUUUGUUCAGAGUUGCACAGGAAAAACUGGUCUGUUGGUGAUGUCAGGGAAGAUGGUGGGGGGGGCUUAUAUUUCCCCUCAUAUUUGCCUUCUGCUCCUUAGGGGGAGGCCCACCCCUCACACAUGAGAACCAUGGAUUUAAUGCUUCAGAAUGUAGCUAAUCAGAUUAUCUUUAAGCCCAUUAACUCUACUGCCAAAGAUGAAAUAGUUCUGAAAUCUUGUUAGCAAGUUCUGUGGGUGAAAUAGGGCAGUAUGUCAGAAAUCUCCAGCUACCUCUUUGGCCUGAAAUAGGGUGUGUGUUUGUUGGAGCAUCCCAUCAAACUGUAACCUUCCUGUUGGGAUUCAUACAUUAUCUGCAAUGAUAACCUGCAGUUUCAUUGCUAGCAGUUCCAGCCAUUAUUGCAGCUCUCACCCUCAGCAUAGUUCAGAACAGAAAGAAAUGGCAAGCUAGAUAUUUUUAUAUAAAGGAAACUGAAAUAGUAUAGAGCUAGGCCCAUAUAUUUAGCAAAAUGCCACAAGGAAUAGCAACAGCCAGUGCUUUUUUUCCCCAUAAUUUUUUUUUAGGGAUACUCUCAUUUUCCUACUCAGAUUGAAAUACUGCCUCUCAAUGAGGCCAAACUUAGAUUCACAAAAUGUUUAGGGGUAUCCGUACCCCUGCGUCACCCCAGAAAAAAAAGCACUGGCAACAGCGAUGCACAUUUGUAGCUGCCUGUUUAAGUGCUGAAUUGUUUUCUGCUUCCACAUACAGUGGUACCUCGGGUUACAAACGCUUCGGGUUACGCGUUUUCAGGUUGCACACCGUGGGAAACCCGGAAGUACCGGAAAGGGUUACUUCCGGGUUUCGCCGCUUGCGCAUGCACAGAAGUGCCAAAUUGCAUCACGCGCGUGCACAGACGCGGCGCUGCAGGUUACAAACGCUGUGGGUUGCAGACAUGCCUCCGUCACAGAUUACGUCUGCAACCCAAAGUUCCACUGUAUUGUGAUACAGCUUUGGAGGUCUGCGGAUUAAUGCCAGCUGUGGAAUAAGGGUGUGGUGGUUAUUAACCUCUGGCGGUUGGAUAAAUAUUCUGUCACUGGGUAAGAAUCCCUUAUCACCAGUCCUAUAAGCUUGUGUGUCUUUUGUAGAUGAAAACUGAUGGGAUCCUUGGUUACAUCAAUGGGCAGGAGUUAAUGAUGGUGUUAUAAUUAGUUAACACUAAUGGCAUUACAAUUAUUGUGAAAUAAUGGUUGUGUACUUGAGACCUCAGGUGAUUUUACCCAGGAGGAGAAAGAUGCAUUUAGAAACCGGGUCAGCAGUGAAACCGCAGAGAUCAAUUUCCUUCCCCCACCAAUGUUUAUUAUGUCUUAUUUUUUCCAGCAGUGCUGGAUUGUUCAGCAGCACCUAAAAUUCUGAGCUGUGGUAGCUUACACAUGUGAAGAGACGGGAGCACAAAAGCAGGGCCGUAAUGCAGAUUGUGUACUCGAAAUACUCUUGGGAAUAAGCAUAUAUUUCUUUGCUUUUGCAUAAUUUAUUCUGCUUCCAAAGAGUCAAAGAAGUUGGAGGGUUUGGGUUUUUUAAAAAAAGAAUGUGGUGAUUAAGAGGAGAAGUGGAAAGAGCAUGGAAGAUUAAGGAUUGGUAGGUCACAUGUGUGCAAGGGACAGGGAACUAAUAAAUAACAAGUGGAAUCUGCAACAAAAUGUUGCAGCGUGGAGUGCUGCCAUUCAGAAUUCAAGGCAUUCCACCUCCCACCUCUUCCCUUCUCUCCCCCUGCCAUGCCCAGUCAAGCAGCAUUUGAUGGCCAGUGAGCAUGCUUUUUUGUAAUCAGCUUUUUUGUGGCAGCGGAGCUCAAGUUUUUUCUUCAAAAAUGUUUCUCGCUACAGACCUCUUCUGUAUGGGUGGCAGUAUUUUGGCUGUGCAAGCAAUGACACCCAGAGCCUGGACAUAAUAAAUACAGUGAAUUAUAUGGGUGGAGUGGGUGUGGGGACAAGGAGCUGAAGACUCGCCCUCAAGGCCACUUCAGAAGUUACUAGCUGCUAAGCAUAUCCCAGCAUUUAUAUCACUAUGAAAACAUGAUGCAGGGAGAAGGGAGGCAGUUGCAGUUCUGAGUGGCUUCUUUUGCAGUGUACACAUGGUUAAGUAAACACAUCUAGCCGACACAUAUAUCAAAAGGAUCCCAUAAAAACACACACAAAUACAUGACUUGUUUAUUAAUUAGUAACAUGUGAAGCAGCCCACAUACCAGUGGGAAUCCUGUGUGGCCCCCCCUUUCCUUUUGAAACUGCUCCAAGCACCACUCACGUCUUUCACCAUUUUCACUGUAAGAAUAUGAAUGUGGAUCAAAUAUGAAUAUGAAUCAAAACAAAGAGUGGGGGAGGACAUUGAAAAGAGGUCACAUUAUUUUUGCAAAACCACUAGUACUUAAAUCAGGAGUAAUCACUGUGUUGUGGAACUGUAUGGAAAGCAGUGCCUUCAAGUUCAUAAUGCACAGUAAUUGACAGUGUAUUAAUAAUGAAUACUAUGACUGAUCUGUGCCAGUCUAUUGGGUUGUAUUCAGUUAUGGUCCUUAUGCAAAUGGUAGCUCGCUCUUCCAGCAUGGGCUUCCUUCAGAAGAAUGAGUGAGAGGUGAUUUUUGUCGUGCGUCCCUCCAUGCAUCCCCACUCCCAAAUCUGCUCCAGGAGGUAAUGGAGGAACCUUUGGGACAAUGUGAGAGAUCUGGGUGGGGUGUGUGUGUGCGCGCGCGUGAAGGGGAGGGCAAUUGGUGAAAAUGGUCUCCCUCCGUCUGCUAGAUCAAAGCACCUUCUGACAGCGUGAGGACCACCCCAGGGAUUGCUUGGCAUGACUGGGAUUUGGGCAAAGUAGCAGUGACCCAAUGGAUAGAUCGUACAAUACGAUUCAGUGCAUAUCCUUAGAAUAUGAAUGAGAGAAUGUCAAACUUUCAAUAGUGGCCUCAUAGUCUCUGAGAUUCAACUGCAGUGCAGUUCUGUGGCAAAAGCCAAUCACUGAAGAUGAGAGAUGCCCUAUAAUCCACUUCGACUUUGCCUAUUUAGACCGAGUUUGCUGAAAGGAAAUUGAGUCAGUGAGCAAGCUGUGCAUAAUUUCCAGAGAAAUCCACUUUGCUGAUACUUGCCCCCCAAACUUACCCAGCUUCCCUCACAUAUCACUAACUGCAAAUCAACAUCCAAUUACUACCCUCCUAUUAUGUCAUGGAACUGUAUAGAUCCAUCCCCUGCUUCCAUAAUGGGGGAAGAUUUGGAAUAUAUCAGACACAGCUUUCACAGACUGCCACACGCGAAGACGCUCCAUUGCCCAUUGGGUUUCUGUUUAAUAUAUAUAGGUGUCCAAAGUAAUGUACAGCAGCUUAGCAGUCCUUGCAACAACCCUGUGAGGUAGGCCAAUAGUAUCUACGUGACCCAGGGCCACUCAGUGAGUUGGUGAUGGUUGCGAAAUUUCAGCCAGAGACUUACAGGUUUGCCACUGUGCUACACCAGCUCUCUUGUCUACUAGUGCUUCUCAAAAAAAAACACAACCAUUUUCUGAGCAUCAUUCUGAAGUAGGCUUGUGUGACCUUGAGCUAUAAUAAACUCUUGGGGCCUUUCUGUUUACCCUCUUCCCGUUGCUCUUUCCCACAGGCACCAUUCGCCCCGUGCGGCGUAGCUAUUACGACCCCUCCUCAGCUCCGGGAAAGGGCGUGGUGUGGGAGUGGGAGAAUGACAAUGGCACCUGGACUCCCUACGACAUGGAGGUGGGCAUCACCAUCCAGCAUGCCUACGAGAAGCAGCACCCCUGGAUUGACCUCACUGCCAUCGGCUUCUGCUACAUCAUUGACUUCAGUACGAUGGGGCAGAUCAACCGCCAGACGCAGCGCAAGCGCCGCGUCCGCCGCCGCCUCGACAUGGUCUACCCGUUGGUCACCGGCACCUUGCCCAAAUCCCAGUCGUGGCCAGCGAGCCCUGGGGUGGCCAGCACGCCUCCUGCGCCGGCCUGCACUUGCCCCCAGUGCCUCCUUGUCAUGAGCAUCAAGGCGGCGGUGGCAGCCGGGAGCAACGGAGGGACUGGCGUUUCGGUCAGCCAGCAGCAGCUCUUGCAGCAGCAGCAGCCGCCCGCACAACCACCACCGCCUCCCCGUAAAGCUGUCUCCCUUUCUGGCAGCGCCAAGCUCCCCAUGCCGGCAUCUAUCCACAAGCCCCAAGACGGAGCAGCUACCAUGCGCAGUUCCUUGAAGACCCUGGCCUCUCAGGUGAGCCGGAGGCAGGCAGCCAGCACUCCGGCCCUCACCACAGCCAGCUCCCCCGCCAGCCCUACCAGCGCCAACGGCAAGGUGACCCGCGCCAGCCUUAAUACACUGAACCGUACCAACCUGCAGCGCCUAGCCAUUGCGCAGUCCCGUGUGCUGAUUGCCUCAGGGUAAGUACAUUGCAGUUGUCUUGGACAGUGGGGUGUGUGACUGUGAGUGUUCCCAAACGGUGGUCCACGGCGCACCAGUGGUUCACGAGCCUCGUUCAGGUGUCUGUGGAUUUGUGGUUGAGGAUAGCAGACGGCACAUCAAUCACAUCGAAUGGUCAUACUUACUUUUAUUUAUUGCGAGUCCUAUUGAUUUUUAAUGGUGUUGUUAUUUGCUUCUUUUAUUUCUUGCAUCAGACCAGAUUCAACUCACUAGUGCAACAGGGGUUUCCCUUCCUCUCUUUCCCCACCCCAGAUUGGCAGGGCAGGGGGCUGUCGGGAGAACCCUCAGAACAGUUCACCGGGGGCGGGGGGGAGCAUUCCGGCAAACUGAAAUGUUUGCGCUGACAGAGCAUAAUUUUAAAUUUUACAUUAUUUUAUUGUGCUACAAUUUGAAUUCAAUGGAAUACAACAAAGUGCAAUAGAAAAGAACCAAAUGAAGCGAUGGGAAUACGGUUAAAAAUCAUGCAGUAUCUAGUGCAGCAUAUUACAAUUGAAAAAUCAUUAUGUGUUUCGCCAAGAGCCUCAGCAGUUUUCAAGUGGUCCAUGAGGAGAACAGUUUGGGAACCACUGGGGUAGGAAACCUGAGUUGUGAGUGAAUCGAGCGCCUAUGGACUGUACAGAUUAGUGCCUCCUCCCCUUUUUUGCAUAUGGCGUCCACACUCUACAAGUAGAUAAGGCUAUAUUGCAAACUCCCCUGUGAUCUUCAGAUGAAGGACGGUAUAGAAAUUUAAUAUUAAUAAUUCUUCCUCUGCUGAUGGAAGGCACUAUACCUCUGCUGCUAGGAUUCGGAAAUGGGGAGAUGGCUAUUGCACUCAGGGCCUGCUUGUUGAUAUCCUGUGGUUGGCCACUGAGAGCAUGAUACUCAGUUGGAUGCUCAGCAGGGCUCUUCUUAGAGGGUCCCUGCUGUUUUACCAUGGUGCACCCUUGGGUCAUUACGUGGGAGAAGCUCUUUUGAGCCCCCUCCCUCCAAAUCUGUUGUCUCCGCUUGAUGUGGUCUGCAGAGACAGACGCCCAACACCCAUCUUAGUUAGUCGAGACAAAUGAUGAGUCAAACCAGAUCUUGCCUCACAUUGAAAAUGAUUACUGUUUUUCAUAGCAAGCCAAGUUUCAGUGUUGUGAAAGGAUUUUUCAGUAAGCAAAAAAGGCUUCCUAAAGCAAGGCUGGGCCAUCUGAAGCUCCAGGCCGUAUGUAGCCCUCAGCUCUCUUCUGUAGCUCAGUGGCUUUGCUAAUGUAGAAGGUCUUCGGUUCAAUCCCCAUCAUCCCCAGGGAGGGGCUAAGAGAGAGCUCUGCCUGAAAUCUGAGAGAGCCAGUCAGUGGAGACAGUUCUGAGCUAGAUGGGCCAAUGGUCUGACUCUGUAUAAGGCAGCUCCUAUGUUCCUACAAGUCCUUUGCAGACAACCAGGUGUGGCCUUUGGGAAGAGUAAUCUGGGAAGGGAGGGGGAGAGAGAGAGAGAGAGAGAGAGAGAGAGAGAGAGAAGGGACAGCCCUGCCCCAUUUUUGGAUCUGGGCCUCCCAUCCCAGUGCUGACUUUGGCCCUGCCCACAGUCUGCAUGUGGCCCUAAACAAAUUAUCCCCAAGGGAAUAUAGACCUGGACAGGAGAGAAAAGGUUGACAUGAAGUCUAAGCUCAGAGGUUACAAACAUUUUGAGGGUUUUUUUCAGUUGAAAAGAAUCUGACUUCUUAAGUGUUGACUUGUUCGUUAAUUUCAUAUUUUGUUACUCUUCAUUGUCAUGGGAAGUGCUAGAGCAGGUUACAAAACAUGGGAAACGAAACAAUAUGUUAAAUAAACACAACAAAAAUGUUGCAGUUGAGGCAUCUCUAGAGAUUCCAGCAGCAUGAGCCAGUUGCAAGUCAGAGGGCCUGACUUGAGAAUCUACAAGAACAUGAUGGGGCCAAGCUGUGGUGUUGCUUAAUAUAUGCCAGCAUGAUAGAAAAAUCCCUAAUGAAGAUCUAAGACUGCCUACAGCUGGCACUCCCCACCUCGGCCUCUCUCAGCUCCCGCGUUCCCCAACUUUUAGCAAAUACCACAGACCCCUUUAACCAUGAAAAUGGGGGGGGGGGAGGCCUGCAAACCCCUUUUGAAUACUAAUGAGGAAGUGAAACAUUUUUUUUCUCCCCCCUCCACAUCUAGGGACCCUUCCUCUCAAAAGCCCUAUUGAAAGCUUUUCACGCCACUGCCUGAUCUGGAAGACACCCCACCCUCCCCUGACCAAAACACUCUUUCUUGGGCAUCUAAUUAGCGUGUUUCUCCCCUUUUGUCUGACUGCCAUCGGCCUUCUGUCGCCCGGUGGCUCCCCCCCCCAUCGCCCGUGACCCUUCCAAAAGACUUUCCCAAGGAAGAGAGCAAGGGAGGAAGGGGCCAAGGCGAUGUUUGCUGGAACAAAAGGCCCUGUGAAUAACUUGGAGACACGACCAAGGUUUCUAAAGAGCUGGAGAAAGGCGCAGUGAGAGGAGUGCUAGGGAAUGGGAGAGGGGUGGGCAAAUGCCUCUGUCUUUAGAUUAGAGGAUUCUCUGUCUCCAGUUAGGUCUUGGUCUGUCUCUACGGCAACUAUUGUCCAGCUGGAAAGGUCCUUCGCUCUGUUUGUCAUUCAGGCCUUGUUGCCUUCUCAUGCAUACUUCAUCCGUCCCUGUCCCAGAUGCCUCGACUUCCCUUUUGUGUGUGUGUGUGUGUGUGUAGCAAUUUGAGGAUUGUUCAUUUCUAAAGGGCAUACAGUUUAGAAUGGCCAUCAAAUGGUGAUUUCUGAUAUGUGAAGCCACUGUUAGAAUUUGGCCAGACAGCUCUCUGCGUCGUACAGACAUAGGCAGGAUUCGUCAGGCGAGUCUGGCUUCUCUUGGCCUUGCAUGGCUGACAGGACCCAGUAUAGAUUGUACAAUGGAACCUCGGUUGUCGAAUAUAAUCCAUUCCGGAAGACCGUUUGACUUCCAAAACGUUCGAAAACCGAGGCUCAAUGGGCAGUCGGAGAAUUCAAUUGAAAAAAUAGGGAAACGCAACUCAGAAGCCGUUCAACUUCCAAGGCGCGUUAAAAAAAUGGAAGCAUUCACUUCCAGGUUUUUGGCAUUCAGCUUCCGAAAUGUUUGGCAGCCAAGACAUUAGAAAACUGAGGUUCCACUGUACUGUCCACCUGCUGGCUUCAUGACUUAGGUCGAAGGGUACCCAAAUAUUUGUAACAUAGGGGGGUGGGGUGGAGUUGCUGCUUUUGUAGGACACAUCCUGCCCCACAGUGGCUAACCAGGAAUGCAUGAAGCAGACAUGUGGACCUGUUCUAAGAAACUUGUGGGACUGCACUUUUUUUUUACUCCAUAACCCUUUCACUUACACUAUGUUCUCGGUGGUUUUUCCUCCAUUCAGACACAGCACAAUGAACUUUACCCUUCUCUUCAUGAAGAAGAAGAAAAAAAUCAUGUUAUUUUUUAAAUCUUCAAUAAUAAUAAUAAUAAUAAUAAUAAUUUUAUUAUUUAUACCCCGCCCAUCUGGCUGGGCUUCCCCAGCCACUCUGGGCGGCUUCCAAAAAUAUUAAAAUAAUGUAAUACAUCAAAUAUUAAAAGCUUCCCUAAAAAGGGCUGCCUUCAGAUGUCUUCUAAAAGUCUGGUAGUUGUUGUUCUCUUUGACAUCUGGUGGGAGGGCGUUCCACAGGGAGGGCGCCACUACCAAGAAGGCCCUCUGCCUGGUUCCCUGUAACUUGGCUUCUCUCAGUGAGGGAACCACCAGAAGGCCCUCGGUGCUGGACCUCAGUGUCCAGGUAGAACGAUGGGGGUGGAGACGCUCCUUCAGAUAUACUGGACCGAGGCCGUUUAGGGCUUUAAAGGUCAGCACCAACACUUUGAAUUGUGCUCGGAAACGUACUGGGAGCCAAUGUAGGUCUUUCAAGACCGGUGUUGUGUGGUCUCGGCGGCCGCUCCCAGUCACCAGUCUGGCUGUCGCGUUUUGGAUUAGUUGUAGUUUCCGGGUCACCUUCAAAGGUAGCCCCACGUAGAGCGCAUUGCAGUAGUCCAAGCGGGAGAUAACCAGAGCAUGCACCACUCUGGCGAGGCAGUCCGCAGGCAGAUAGGGUCUCAGCCUGCGUACCAGAUGGAGCUGGUAAACAGCUGCCCUGGACACGGAUUUGACCUGUGCCUCCAUGGACAGCUGUGAGUCCAAAAUGACUCCCAGGCUGCGCACCUGGUCCUUCAGGGGCACAAUUACCCCAUUCAGGACCAGGGAAUCCCCCACACCUGCCCGCCUCCUGUCCCCCAAAAACAGUACUUCUGUCUUGUCAGGAUUCAAUCUCAAUCUGUUAGCUGCCAUCCAUCCUCCAACCACCUCCAGUCACUCAAGCUUUCAAACUUCCCUCAAUAUCACUUUGCAUUUUCAGAACGUCACUAUUUGUGGGGUGGGAAUCAGCCACAUACAUGUUAUUUCAGUUCUUAGGUCAAGAUGGGCAAACCCAUGGCUCUGCAGCAGCUGCUGGAAUCUUGACUCCCACCAGCCUCCAGCCAGCAUGGCCGGUGGUUAGGGAUAAUGGGAGCUGCAACUUCUGGAGGGCCACCGGUUCCCCACCCCUGUGAAUAAUAGCCUAUUUCAGGGUACAAGUAUUUCCAGGAAGUGGUUCUGGAAAAAGCAAUAACGUUUUCUCUCUGGGGAAUCCAUCCCCACUGUUACUAUGAUCACUCACUGCCCAGUCCUAUAUAGUGGUACCUCGGGUUAAGAACUUAAUUCGUUCUGGAGGUAUGUUCUUAACCCGAAACUGUUCUUAACCUGAAGCAGCACUUUAGCUAAUGGGGCCUCCUGCUGCUGCUGCUUGAUUUCUGUUCUCAUCCUGAAGCAAAGUUCUUAACCCGAGGUAAUAUUUCAGGGUUAGCGGAGUCUGGAACCUGAAGCGUAUGUAACCUGAAGCGUAUGUAACCUGAAGCAUAUGUAACCUGAGGUACCACUGCAGUUGACCCUCUCUGCUAUGCAGGAAGGCAGAAGAUCAUCAUGGUUAGAAGACCAUGGCUAGUGCACACCUGACCCUCUUCCCCAACCCCCUGCAUACACACGCCUUUCAGGAGUCAUGCUGAUACAAAGGCUGUCACAACCACAGACCUGCCCUUCCGUCAAACCAGUCCUCCUGUCUCUGGCACACACCCUUAUUUCAGAUACCUAUGGGUGCGCUUGCCUCUCCCAGGCCGUCUUGCUUUACUCAGCCAGGGAUUGUGUUUGUGCCUCAGGCUACUAGCAGCCAAAGGCAGGGAUGCAACCUGCCAGGCUAGUUUAGUGGGAACACGCUGCUUUUCGUCACUUUCAGGGUCUUAACAGAAACCAAUCUGGGGAUCAGAGAAACGGCAGGGAACCUGCCACCCAGUGUAGCGUAGAGCGCCAUUCCCUCCCCCCCCCCGCCCCCAGCCUCACAGAGUCUCCAGUUUCGUUCCUCAAAGGGAUUCUAAAGCAUCCUUUGAAUUCCGUGCCUCAUCUCCUUCCAUGUUUGCUUGGUUCUUAAGAAAAGUAAAACAUCUCGUGGCACUUUAAAGACUAAUAAACUUGUUAUAGCUUAAGCUUUCAUGGACUACAGUCCGCUUCAUCAGAUGCAUGAAGCGUUAGCCUGAAUUUCUGCAGUCUGUGAAAGAUUUUGCCUCGAUAAACUUGUUAGUCUUUUAAGGUGGCACAAGAUUCUGCUGUUGUUUUUCCUCAAGAGACUAGUGCAUCUGCCGCUCUGACUAGUGCAUCUGCCUCUCUGAGAACUGGUUAUUGGUUAUUGAGUAUUCUGCUUUUCGUAAUGAUGCCGAAUGUGUCCACAGCCACUUGUAAGCUGUGCCUCCUUUCUUUGCAGAGUCCCUACAGUUCCUGUGAAAAACCUCAAUGGCUCAAGCCCAGUCAAUCCAGCACUGGCAGGUAAGAGAAUUAGGGUCACUGUAGGAACAGAGCAGUCAUCAGUGACUCAUGGCUAUUGCUUGGCCUAAAUAAGGGAUAUCUGAGGAGCUGUAAUAAGUUUGAUGAGGGUUUGGCGUUAGUCUGUGCAGUAUGUUUAUUCAGUGAAUGCAGAGGAUAUGCAGAGUUGACAUAUGGGUUAAAGACAGGAGUCACGCCUAAAGAAAUAUUAAAAGGGAGGUAAUGGUGACAUUCUUUGGUGAGGUAGAAAACCUGUGGCCCUCCAGAUGUUUUUGAAAUGCAACUUUAAUCAUCGCUGUCCAUUGGCCAUGCUAGCUGAGUUGGGGGUCUAAACAAUAUUGGGGGUCCACAAUGGAAUAAACACUGCCAUGGGCAGGAAGUGCAGCUUUAAAGAAGUGCAGCUUUAAUUUCCAUGAUGGACUGCAGGAUAGUUCAAGCUACCUUGUUGUCACUGUUGUUAGUAAUUGCAGAAUAAUUACCACACAGGCUUUUAAGCUUUGAAUUUUAAUUUGCAGAUAAAAAAUAACAAUUGCUUAGGUCUCCAAGGAUUAUCAGCCUUUACCUCUGACUUGCCUGUUACAUUAUGAUAUUGUAAGAGCUAGGAAUGGCCGAAAGGCACCAUCUUGCCACCCCACCCUCAUAGAUGAAGGUGAGAUCCAACUCACAGGGUACCAUAAGCAGAACACUUGUGGUCUCCUCUAGAUAAGGGCUUGCAGAGAAAAUGAAUUUGGAGAGCACCAUGUCCUUGCAACGUAACACGGAGGGUGUUCCCUUUGUUAAUGAAUGGUUUUGGCCUAAGGAGGCAAAUGGAUGGAGAAAUAUGGAGCAUUGGGGGAGCGGACAGGGAUAUGUUUUGGUUUUGGGGGGAGCAAAGAGGAAUCAACUUCUCAAAUACCCCUCUGUCCCACCCAGGCAUCACAGGGAUCCUCAUGAGUGCUGCUGGUCUGCCGGUCUGCCUCACUCGACCCCCAAAGCUGGUUUUGCAUCCCCCUCCAGUCAGCAAGAGUGAAAUCAAAUCCAUCCCUGGGAUAUCCAAUACUUGCCGCAAGACCACCAAAAAGCAGACCAAGAAAGGUAAGAAUGGAUAACCUCUCUACCUUUUCUCCUCAUGGGAUUCUAAAACUGGAGUACCAGGGGACCACAGCAGGACCUUAACGGUGCCCAGAAGCCAUCUGCCUUUCACUUGUCAAUCUACACAGUUCAGACCACACAGAGCACUACAGAAAGUAACUCCAUCCAGACAUCACGCCAAACCAUGGUUUACAGUAACUACAGUUAAAAGUCAAGCCAUGGUUUGAGAUUCCAUCUGCAACGGAAAAUAAAGCCUUAGUUUUGCUGUGUAAAGCUCACACCACGUUCUUCGUUCAGCUCACUCUCCUCCUAACAGAGCCCCUAGACGCAGACCCAAGGUGUUCAUGACUGAUUCCCACCCCCAUGUGCUGCUACAUUAUCACUGACUGACUCCUUCUGAAGGGUUUAGAACAGGACGGUGAGCUAGCUGAGGACUUGCCCACUCAAUAGCACUCAUCUUUGCAGAUCAGACAGUAUGUUCCUGUCUUAACACUCAUCAGUCUGUGGACCAUUCCCCUUUCUCCGAUUUCUUUCCUGGCCCUUUAUAGCUGCCACCCAAACCUUGUUCCAAUGCAAGGAUAAUUAGCGUAGUGCGCUCCAGAUGUUGUAAUACUGCAACUACCACCACCCUUCACUAUUGCAUGUGCCCCAGCAACAUCUGGAGGGCACCACAUUGGUUCUAAACCAUCAUUCUGCUUUCCUGCGCUGCUCCCGCUUCUCUGUCCCAUACCAGUGUGUGGCUGCAUCUGUUGAUGGCCAGACAAUGGCAGCUAUCCAAUCAGUGUUCUUCCAAAACAUUAUCCUGGACGGCUCCCAACUGCAGCAUUACCUAACACAUGUCCCCUGCUGUUGACUUGCACGCAUCCUCCACCCCCUCAUAAUUUCCUGGCCCAGCUGUAGCAAGCAUACUGUACUACACUCCCUGUCUUUCUCCAGAGUACUUCACAUCUGCUUGACAGGUAGUAGUAAUCCAGGAAGGGACUCCAUAAGCCUAACCAGUUUCACUGGUGCCUGUUGCACAUCUGUAAAGGAGGAAGGAGCAAAGAGCUGACAACAAAAGGGGCCUUGACAUCGCAUCCAGCACACCUCAUACAAUGCUGACAAGGGCAGAAAGGCUUGCAGAUAGGCUCAGAGAUCCAGAGCAGAGCACUGAAAUCGGUUAUCAGUUCUAAGGAUCAACCCUGGAGCAUUUUAAUUAAGAAUAUAUUAAGAUGCCCCAGAGCACGUAGACUGCAUUUCCCUCAUCAGGUUCCUACAGAAUCCCACACAUCAGGGAUCAGCCUGAAGGGUUUCCUGAUAAGGGGGUGGUGUUCUUGGACACUCUUUGAGUUCCAGCGUCUCUUUCUCUAGAAACAGAAAGGCUCUUGCUAACAACACGACACUCCCUUGCUGUCUUUUCCCACAUGGCCAGCUUAAGGCUGCAGUGCUAUACACCCUUCCCCUCAAGUAAGAUCAGUUGGGCUCAGUUGGGCUCAUUUCUGAGUAGGAUCCAGCUGCAAUUGAUCUGGCCCACAGGCAGCUGUUUAGUAUUUUGCAAUUAAAUUCCUGUGAAUGCACUCCACCCCCUUCCCACCUUACAUUUUAUAAAGUCAUAUGAAGACAUCAAGUUCUUGGAAAGAGUUGAGUUUACAUUCUUAGACGCACAAAAUAGAAAGAAAAAGCUUCGCUGUGAACUCAGUAGAAAGUAGGGGGAAAAACAUGGCAGAUGUUUAAUGAUUUUUUUUUAACUCUCUGAAACAAAGAACUCUGGGAAAAAAUUAUCAACAGUGGAUUGAACAAAUGGGGCAUGCAACGGAAUGUUGCAGCGUGGGGUGCCCUUGUGGGGUGCUUGCAGACUGUCACUAUUCUGCCAGAGGCAUUGCAGCCGUCAGCAGAGAAAAGGUUCCCUAUCUCUGGUCUUGAGCAUGCUUGCUCCUUUGUCAAUCUGCAAAGAUCCUUUCAGUGUCCAAUCACAUCUUGGCUUGCUUACCUCUUGAGAUGCUUGGGUGGAAGCAAGGGAGGCUGAAGGUUGCUGCCACAAACAAGAACCAGGUCUGCAGUGGACCUGGAGAUAAGUUAGGAAAAGUUGCUUAGCCCAACACUGGACUGCAGCCACAAACUGCACAGAGUCUUUUUCAGGAACACUAAAGCACCCUGGGAGGGACAGACAACAGGCACAUGACCCUUGCACACAUGUGAGUUUGCAGGGGGGCGGUAAGAGUGGAAAUGUGAAUUAAGGUUUCAAAUUGGAGUCUUACCAUUCUUGCUCAUGUUUCUUAAUUAAAAAAAAAUGUACUGAUGUUACUGGUCCUAUUUUAAUCUUGCAUGGUGGAAAGAUCCAUCAUUAGCACAAACUGGGCUAGGGGCAGAUCAGAGGCAAAGAGUCAUAACUGUAGUACAUUGAUCAGGACAUUGUACCAAACUCUCCACUUCAACCCAUGGCUUCUGAUUCUGGUUUGCCAGCUAAUUGCAGACUCUGGUUGGUCAGUUUGGAUAUCACGCAUAAACCAUGAUUGAGGUACACAAACCUCAGUAUAGUGGCAUCUGGAUUGAACGAGUAUAUGCAAAGUAAAUAACUCCAGGUGACAGAGGAAGGGGGCAAUAUAGCCAAGUUGCACAAAGCCAGGGAUGGCAACUUUGAUUUCUCUUGUGCAGUCUUUGCCCUCCAAAUUUCUCAUUCCCCCUUUGUUUCCCUGCCUUUCACCUUGUUGUAUGCCUUCAGCUUGCUGAUCUUCUCUUGUUUCCUCCUCCUUGUCCAGGUAAAACCCCAGAGGAGGUGCUGAAGAAAUACUUGCAGAAGGUGCGCCAUCCCCCAGAAGAGGCAAGUCUGGUUUUUUACGUACAGCAUGUGUGUAGUGUAGUACAGCAGCUAACGUGUUGGACCCGGGCAUAGGUUUUAUUGGUGCAGGCUCCCCACCCCCCCACCCCACAUGCAGAGUGUCGGUUGCUUUAACCUUACUGCAACGAACCAUUUCUCUAGCACUGAGCAUGUGCUGAGCAUUGUUGAGAGCAGAGCAGGCUUCUCCUGAAAGUAUCAUAAUUUCUAUCGCACCAAUGACCUGGCUAAGGCAAGGGGACAUGGACUGUCAAAUAGCAUGGGCUACAGGAAGCUGCUGCUGGGCCUCCUAGCUCCACCCUAUCUGCACUCAUUGACUGGCAGUGGCCCUCCAAGGUUUCAAGCAGGAUCCUAUCCCAGCCCUGCCUGGAGAUACCAAAGAUUGACCCUGGGGGCAUCUGCAUGUGAUGCAUGUGCUGAUCCUGAUGUAGAUGUUUAUUCCCCCUUAUGUUCCUGAUGUAGGUCUUCGCUCAAAACCCUUCUUCCCUGGCAGGGAGAGAGGCUCCAUUUUGGGGUCCACCUCAGGUGCCAAAACAUCCAGAAGUCAGGGAUGAUGGGAGUUGUAGUCCCAAUGACUUUGGGAGGUCACAGAUUCCCCAUUUGUGGCAUGGAGUAAUGGCAGCGGCAGGAGGUGGCAGGUGAACUUCACGCCGUUAUCUCAUUGCUGCCGAGAAUGACAUUAACGUGACAAGCGUGCCAGCCAUUAGCAGGCUGGGUUUCCUUCAGGCGAAUGUUUCUGUGUGUGCAUAUGUUUUGCUCUUGUGUUCAACGCCAUUUCUCGCCCCUUUUCAGGACUGUACCAUCUGCAUGGAGCGCCUCUCCGCCCCUUCAGGGUACAAGGGCCCUCAGCCAGCCAUCAAGCCAGAUUUGGUGGGAAAGCUUUCCAAGUGCGGCCACAUGUACCACCUCCACUGCCUCGUGGCCAUGUACAACAACGGGAACAAGGUGCGUUCCUGGGGUGGGGAAGGCGGAGGCCUGCAGUCUCUCGAGUGGGUACCCAUGAAUUCUGCCCAGGACUGAACAGCUCUUUUGGUACUUGAUAGUACUGACCGGCACCGAUAUUGCUGAUAUAGGAAAGUCACUGUGAUGUGGCUUAUAUAUUUAUUAUUUGGUUAGUUAAUUUAUAUACCGCUGGGGCGGGGAAAAUUUCUCAGCUUGAGGGCCACAUUCCCUUCUGGGCAACCUUCCAGGGGCCACAUGAGUCUGGCCAGAUGGGUGGGUGGGGCUGCUCACCUAUCAAUCAUCUGAUAUCACAAUGAUAUCAGUAGAUGGAACACUUUGAAGUUCAGAAGUCAGGACUUCAAAGCACCAUGUGCAGCCAAUCCAGGAGGCUUCAGCUAAUGCUUCAGCUAAUGCUUUCCCUUGCCAGUGCAUAAGCAAGAGAGCCCUUUACGGCUCCCGACUAUGCAUCAGCAGUUGCAUCCCUACCUGCCCCACAUCUGACAUCACAUAGGGCAUCAGGUUUGGGGCAGGUGGGCAUGGUUUGGGGAACACUAUCUCUUGGAGCAUAUUUGAACCCCUGGCAAACCAAACUUGGCCUGCGCUCUGAGGCUCCCCACCCCUAUCAUAUAACAGGCCUCUUUAAUGCUUCUGUCUUUAAUGAGUCAGAACCAAGACUGCAUGUUCUGCACUUCUGUGAUGGCAUGACACAAGCAACCUGAAAAGUGACCUUUUAUUAAAACAAAAAAUACGUUUCUGAGCCGUUUGGCUAUGGAGAAAAAAACAUACAGAGGAACAGGGUAUAGCUAGGAAAUUGCUUAGAAGCCAAACAGUGAUGGGACCUCAGUAAUCUGCUAAACUCUUCGUCUUUCCUGCUUGGCUAGCAAAAAGCACUUUAUAUUGUGCAAAUUAAGGGCAAGCGUGUCCCACUUAUUAAUGGCAAACACUGACUUUCCAAGGAAUGUUGCUUUUUUUUUCUUUAAAAAGAGUGCAUGCAAAGUACACUUAGUCCCAGUUGAAGCCCAUGGUUUUGAGAGAUUUAAUUCUGGAAUUCCAUACUGCAUUUUAAAAAGGCUGCAAUAGCCCUAGUAACGUAACAGCUCUAACAUGAAAACAAAUUCUUCUGUGGGCAGACUUAAAACUCUUUCCUUUUGAGCUGAGCCCAAAACAUUCCUGAACCCAUCAUCUUUCUGGAGAUAACACUACUUCGCUCCCACUUUUCUUGGCUGCUUCUGCCGCAAUCUGGCUUUUUUCCACUGGGGCUUAAAAAUGUUUCACACAUGUACAUUUUAAAAAGAUGACCUAAGAUGUCUCAGCCGAAUACCUAAAAGCACAAAAACGUGAUGUGAAGGCCAUCCAUUCAGUGGUGGCAUGUAUUUUGCACACAGAUCUUUGCAGGUUCACUUGGGUAACAGUUGAUGGGAAAAACUUUUCUUACCAAGACUUUGGAGAUCUACUGCCAGUUGGAAUAGCGACAGGCUAAAUUGGGUGGGGAGCCUAGGGGCCAGUGAAGGCAAGAUUCACAGGGCUUAGAUGUAAGACUGGGACUUGGAACCUAACCUAACCUUGCUUUGUGUGUUUGUGUUUCUCUACUUGGGGAUGGAUGAGAUUGCAAAGUGCUUCCUACUUUUCUGGAAGAGGAGAUAAUAGCCGUCCAUUCUUCCACCACCACUGCUGGCUCUUUGUGGCCGUGUGAUUAUAAUGUCAGCCUGGGGUCUUUUUAUUCUGUGCUGUUCUAAAAUUAUUGCCCAGCAUUACAGCUUCCCUACUGUGCUUUUAGGAUGGGAGUUUGCAGUGUCCAACCUGCAAGACCAUCUAUGGAGUGAAGACUGGCACCCAACCUCCUGGGAAGAUGGAAUAUCACCUUAUUCCCCAUUCCUUGCCUGGGCACCUCGACUGUAAAACCAUCCGAAUUAUCUACAACAUUCCACCAGGGGUCCAGGUGAGAUUCUGGCUUGGCCCUCAGAUAGAUCCUACUGUCUUAUCUCCCAACCAGCUUCAUGCUUAGAGACUAGUGGGACCUUUCUCAUCCUGUGAACUUCCUUCAAAGAUAUUUGAAAAGUCACAUUCAUUUUCAUGUGCAUCUCAUUCUUUUUAGGGACCAGAGCAUCCCAAUCCUGGGAAGAGCUUCACUGCACGGGGCUUCCCUCGACACUGUUACCUCCCAGAGAGUGAAAGAGGCAGAAAGGUAAGUGGCAUCUUCGUGCUGUAGGAAUUUUAAGCACAACCAUUCAUUGUGGUUAUACCACUUAGCUUUACAGUAGCGUGUUGGUUCUGCUCCAUGUUGGCUUUACCUUGAUGCAGGGAGGACACUCUCGCCAUGCAAACUCGCAAAGUGUAUUUCUUACCUAUAAUAUUAAGGGGGCUGUUAGGUUAUUCUGUUGUUUACCUUGGGCCACAUUCUGCUACCCUGUUCUACUAGUAGAAGCCAGCACAAGGACUCCUGCUAGCACAAUGAUGGGGCUUCAACCCUCCUCCCCAUUUAUACCCUCAAAUAUACUCUGGAGGGUCACAAAGAACCCCUGUAACAGUUUGCAGGGGUGGUGUGAGGAUCAGUGCGCACUGAUGAAAUUAUCUCCUUAGCACUACAUUGAAUAGCAUGCUUUGAAACCAAUAUUUUACCUAGGAGUUUUGGGGUUUCUGUCAUCUUGUUCUUGAUAGUUUCAUGAGGAUUGCCUAAUUGGUGGGCUGUAUCUUUACCCCAAAUGACACAUCACAGGUUUGCCCAUACCAAACACGUAGACACUUGCUGCUUUCUGUACAUACUUUGUUGUUUUUAACAAGAACGACAGUAACAAACUUUAAUUUAAAAUUGUACCGCAGCAGUUUUUGUGUGAGACUGUGUAUCGAAAUACCAUAUAUUUCUUUCCAGCUAGGACUUAAAAGGGAUCUGUUUGGCCCCAAUAGCAGAUUGAAACUGACAAAAGAAAUGGUAGUGGAGGGUUAAAAGCAGUUUUUGAAUGUUUGUUUCUUUUCAAACAAAGCAUAACUUUGUUGCAGAUUGACUCUCAGUCCUUCAGCAGAAGCUCUCUGCCUCUGAAAACUGGGGGGUGGGGAAUCUCCUGGUUUUGAAGCUGAGGUGGAUAAUUUUUCAAAUUCCCACAUAUUAUUGAAUUGAAGCAUGAAAUCCUCUUUCCUGAGUUAUGGUGCUGCAGAAUGGCUUAUUAUAAGUGGUAUUAAUGUGACAUAGAAAAGAUCAUAGGAAGAUGGGGGAAAGUUAAAACAGAGAGAAUAGGAGGGGAGAGUUUGAUACAGCAGGAUAAUAGGCUCAUAAUGGCUUCCUAAUUCAUUUUUCGCAAAAGCCUGCUUCAUGUUACAGAUUUGGCCUGUACAUGCUUACACUUCCAAUGUGUGAGGCACUUCAGUUCAUUAAAUGAGUACUGUGGAAACACACCAUGAAGAGCUACCACUGUUGCCAGCUCCCCUACAUUAUGGGGAGCAUGCUAGAAGUACCCCAAAGGUUCACCAAUGACAGUGUGAGGACAAGGUCUAGAAGAUAAACCAUUAAAAAUGUCAAUGUUCAGUGACGUUCUCCGUCUUCCCUGGUUGAAGCCCUGUUUGUUCAUAUAUGCUAGGAUGCCAUCUUCCCUACUCUCACUUUUUUAAAGUGGAUUAAAUAUCAGUGGGGAAAAGGUGACCCAGUUUGCCUGGAGAAGUUCUUCACUUUGCAAGAUAUUCCCCACAGUCUUUGGGGGGAAAUGGUGCCUUACCUUUCUUUCUACAUGCUUGAGGCUAUAACAAGAUUUCCCCUUUUGGAAGAAAAGGGGUCCUCUUGUCUUUCGAAGUUUAAGACAUUUUGCACAAGGCCCUUGCAUUGGGCACAGUCCCUUGCUUCCAUUCCCUGUGCACUUGUAGUGUUAACACACCUUUGCUACAAGCAUGAGAUUGUGGAAUCUUGUCUAUACUUAUUGAACGGAUUCCUGCACUAAUAGCAUCAAGUGUUUGCAAGUGCAUCAGAUGCACAUUGUGUGUAUUUUAGGGACGUUUUUAAUGGUUGAAGUUUCAUUCUGUUUCUAGUGUUCUGUUGGAAGCCGCCCAGAGUGGCUGGGGAAACCCAGCCAGGUGGGUGAGGUAUUAAUAAUAAUAAUAAUAAUAAUAAUAAUAAUAGCACCUUUGUGUUGGAGGCCAUAUGAAUACAAGUUACCAGAUAUCAUAAGUGGGGAAAGUGCUGUUAUACGCAGGUCCUGCUUAUGAGCAUCUGGUUGGCCACUGUGAAAACAGAUGCUGGAUUAGAUGGGCCUUUGGGCCUGAUCCAGCAAGGCUCUUCUUCUGCGAAGUACUCUGUGCUACGAGGCUCUAGGCUUUGGGAAAACCCCUCCCCAUAACCCCUUUCCCCUCUUCUUCUUCCCACUGGCAGGUGCUGAAACUGCUUCUGGUAGCCUGGGACCGGCGUCUGAUCUUUGCCAUUGGCACCUCAAGCACCACGGGCGAGUCGGACACGGUGAUCUGGAACGAGAUCCACCACAAGACAGAGUUUGGCUCCAACCUCACGGGCCACGGCUACCCUGAUCCCAACUACCUGGACAAUGUGCUGGCUGAACUGGCUGCUCAGGGCAUCACGGAGGAGAGUACGCUCCAGGAGAAGGAUUGAGGGCGCGGGAGGAGGGGAGGGGAGGGGACAGGCUUUGCCCUGCCUGGGGCGGAGCUACGAAAAAGAGCCGGCGUCCUGUGGAUCAAGCUCCCUCUCCCUUGUCCACUGUGCCUGCUCUGCCCUCUCUGCCUCUUGUUGCCACAGCCACCACCUGCCUCUUAAAAGGCCUGGUUCCGCCUGCCCAGCAGUCCGCUUAGGGGCUCGCUCAGGUUGGAAGCCGCCAGUCCUACAGCAUUUGGCUGCUGGGAGCAAACGAGCCUGGGAAAGUUCCCCCCACCCAGCUUGUCUUGGGCCUGGGCUGCAGUGUCCUGAUGAGGCCUGAGGUUAUAUUAACCUCAGCACCCAAAGCUGCUUUUAUAGUUAGGAGCUCAGAUACCUGGCCUGGCAUUUUUGUGGGGGGAGGGGCAAAUAAAGACCCACUUUAAAUUCUGUGAAAGCAACAGAAGGUAUGCCUUGGGGGCAAGCAGGCGUCUCGGGUGGCAGCACUCGGGAGCCAAGAAAGGUGGCUGUCCGUCCCAAAGGCACUGAGGAUUAAAAUUGGCCCUGGUCUCUCUUUCUUGCCCAGCUAGGUGCCUGGUUCUAUGUUGUCAUGUCACUGCUUUCAUGUCGUGGCUCAGUGUGAGUCAGAAAUGUACUGUUUGCUGGUCUGGUGCUCUCUGGCACUCUCAUACGUUCUGAAGCUGCCUCUCCGUCCCUAUUUUAAGAUAGCUAAGAAGCAGGCCCACUUCCUGCUAGAGCCUGCCCCAGUUCCUUGAGGAAGCAGGCUGGGAAUUCCUUCUCUUGGAUGCAUUCCAAACUGGGUCAACUGUAGGCAAGCCCUUGCAUCCGACUCAAAACUUGGAUGAGCAAAAUUAAUGAAUCACAGCCGGUAUCUAUACUGCAUUAAGUGGAUGCAGGAAACCCCUUGCUUCCCUGCAAGUUGGCAUAUUGGAUCUGGCCCACACUUGCCUCUGGAUAAAGUCGGUCCAUUCCAGACUGAGGCUGGGAAAGUACACAUUAUAUACCUUUAAAGCACAUUUGCAGCCCUGUCUUUGGGGCCCUGUAGUUCACCCCUCACAGAGUGAACAUUCCCAGCAACCUCUGACAAACUACAGUGCCCAGAAUUCUUUGAGGGAAAGACUGUGCUUAGAAUGUGCCUUGGAGGCGUGGUGUGCAUGCAGCCCAAGUCUUGCUCCUGUGGCUGGAUCUGCGCGAUCCAGCUGGGCUCCUGGACUUAGCUAGGGUUUAGGUCAGGCCUCCCUGUCUCAAUUGCAUUUACUUCUCUCCAAUACAGAGCCAUGUGCCCCGAUCUCUCUUUCUGUUUGUGAAUUGCAUCCCAGGGGGGUUGUUUUAUGUCCGAUCUGUUUCUGUUGUGGGUUGGAGUGAGAGGCUUUACAGAAGUGGUGGAAGGCAAGACACUUUCAGGUUUUGCCUCCUCACACUCCUGAGGUGGGUUCUUUUGAACUGUUUGUAUGGGGGAGUCCCCUGGAUACUGAUUUGAAUUUAUUUACCUCAUGUUUGGGGGGUUUGUCGUAUAUAUGUAUAUAUUUAUAUAUAUAUUUGUAAUGUAUGAGAAAGGCUUUGAGGCUAGGAUGUGUAAUACAAUGGUACUUAAGUUAGACCUGGAGGCUAAGCGCAGCUUGUGAUAGAGUUUGCCAUGGCACAGAGCAGGGGGCGUCCGUGUGGGGCCCUCCCAGAAGUUUUUUUCUGAACUACAACUCCCAUCAUCCCUGACUGUUGGCCAUAGCAGCUGGGGUCGAUGGGAGGUAGCGUCAUGCGGCACCUGCAGGGCACCACAUUGGCUCUCCCAGGAAGAGUGACAGCCCUUUUCAAACGGCUGUGCCAUUUGGGUCCCUGCCCUUCCCUGCCCAUCCCUGAUAGUUGAAUAAAAUAUUUUGACUUUUUUGUAUGUGCGAAGACCUUAAUAACCCAUGUGAAAUCUCUGUGGGGCAGGCUCGGGUGAGAAAAUAAAAGAGAUGGAAAGUGUGAAAGAGAGCAUGUGGGAAUAGGAAGGAGCAUGUCUGUAGAGAUGUCUGACUGCAUGCUUGUCUGGUUUGGUGGCGGCAGGGUGUGUGUGAAUGUGGAGGAGCCCAGAGACAUCACAAGGGUUGUUAAGUGUGCUGUGAUUUUUUAAAGAGGCCCUUAAUAAAUCAUCAGGGGCUCCUGGGUACAUGUCACCUGGAGAAUCUCCUCUUCCUUUCUCAUCAGCACUCCUCUCAAGAACAUGUUGGCAUUCAGCUAGGUUUUACUUGGAAUAGACGUAUUGACAUUAAUGGUCCUAACUUAGUCAUCGUCAAUGGGUUUACUGUGUGUAAAACUUGGUUGAGUGCCAGUCUAAGCUUUUUAAUUUUUAACUCAGUUACUACAUCAUCAUCAUCAUAAAAAAAAUUUAAAUUUAUAUGCCGCUCAUCUGACUGGGUUGCCAUCAUACAUUAUGUAGGGAUGCCAUCCUGAAUAAAUCUUGCCAGGCAUUUCCUUCUUGGAUUUCCCCCUAAUAGAUUUGAUUUGAUUGAGUGGUUCAGUUGGCAGGGGGGAAAAACCCGUUUGGGAGUUUACCCAGCCGUGUUAAACUCUCUAAAUGCAACCUCUCUCUGCCCCACCCUCAAAUACACACACACACCAUGGCAUUCCCUCAAAUGUGAUUUAGCCUCCAGGAUAGAGGAGAGAUUUUGAAGGGCAACCUUCCAGCCACGGUCAUCUCCCAACUGAAGGGAGCCAGUUUGCCUUUUAUUUUACUUUUGUUUUGGCUGAGUUACUUCUUCCUUGAACUCUCCAGCCGUUGAUAAUUUUGUACUUCGUAGGGAAUGACAAGCCUGAUGUGACGCUGUUGUCGAGGGCGAUGGGGGGAAGAGGGUCUCUCUUUUCCACUUUUUGUCCUCUUCAAGUCCCAAAGCAGGUUGUGGUGGGGAUCUGGUAGUGGUAUUGGGGAUGGGGGGGAGGGCAGGGUGAGGGGGAAGCCAUGAUGUAUAUUGUUUGUUUGUUGUUUGUGAACGGUGCGUUUUGCCCGUCUCUAGUUUGUUGCAUUGCGUCAGGAUGGCACCCUUGGGGGGGCGGGUACAACAAUAAAAGGAAAACUCCACUGCCAAUUUUGAAGAAUGUCUCGUGUCUGUGUUUUCUGAGUCUGUGAGUCUGUCCUUUGUUCAUUGUUGGUGCUUCCUGAGCAGGUGAAUGUGUGCAGUUUACUUAGCUGGGAGAACAUUGGCUUUCAAACAGCCACAAGGGGGAAGUUGCUUCAGGGAAAGCAAAUACUUCGGCUUGAGAUUGAUGGAAAACCAACUCACUACAGUUAACACAACUUGAAGGAAAAUGUUUAGAUCCAGUGAAGGACUUCUAAUUCUUGGAUUUUGGACAGAAUCAAAAUCUUUCAUUUGUAGGUGUCAGAAGGGAGGGAAAGAACUGAAGGAACAAAACAGGAUCAUCUUGCUAAACUUCUAAUUUGAGUUGGAUCUAAUCUUGGAAUCUGUUCGUACUCGCUGUUCAUACUUCAGAUUGCCAACUUUUUUCUGAGAUACUGUGCCAUUAACAGCUGCAUGGCCUGCAGGAAUCAAACAGGUGCACCUUCUCUUUCUCCUCUCCCAAUCCUUACGAUGCCGUGCUGGAGAAAUUUGGACAUGCUGGAGAAAUUGGGAAUGCCUGCCUCUGAUGCAGUGGUGAAAGGUGCAAAGCCUGUCAGGAAGAGGGUUAGAAACCACAAGCUCAUCCCUUAGGUGAGCUUGGACUGACGGGAGCUGUGGUCUAAGACAUCUGGAGGCACCAGGUUGGCAAAGGCUGCCUUAAGAUUACACUGGUGAAAGUAGACUGUUCUCUCAUUCCAAUAAAGAACGCACAGCCGUUCUUGUCAUAUCUAUUCCAUGUGCUGCCCUGCCAAGCACAGAAUUUGCCGUGUUGGUUACCAUUUGCCAUUUCAAUAUUUUGGUUUUAAACUUAAAAAAAACCCCAGCAGGUUUUGAGUCUCUGCCUCUGUGGUUGCCAGGAAGAACUGGAAAUUUAGUGUGCGGUGUUUUAUAUUAAAAACUCGGAAACCAGGGUGGGGCUCGUCUAGGCCCCGAAGGUUGAGGGGGAUGCCUCUUCACACCACUGCACAGCUACAUGUGACUCUCCCACUGUUUCUUUCCUGAGCCUUCUUGGCUAGCUAAUUCCCAUUCCUUAUUAUCACAUGUUUCAUUGCCAAAUAAUUCCACACUGUGAGAUAGCUUGCCUAAUUAGCCUCUAUUUUCGCUAUAAGUAAAUAUAUACCAAUAUAUUUCACACACCUCUAAUGGCACAAUUUCAUUUUUCUGAGUGCAGAAUCCAGAAAUAGCACAUAAAACACUGGUGAGUUCUAGCUGUACAAAUUCUUUCCCACUGAUCUACUACUUGUGUGUGGUUUCCUCUCUUUGUUUACAUGAGAUCUAAGUGCCUACAUCCUUUCUUAUGUCCUUUAAAACUGAUUCCCUCCACCAGCUUGGAGAAAUAAGCAAUAAAGCAGAACCAAAUGGGAGCAACUUUCUGAAAAAACGACGAUAUUCAUUGAUGGCUCCCUUAAUACAAGACGUUCAUUCCCUUCAGGCAUGUUGCAUUGCAUGUUUAUGAAAAAGCACUAUAUAUAUACAUAAAUUUUGCAUUCAAGAGGGUUUUUUAAAAAUAAAAUAUAUUGUUAUAUAUGGAUACAUGCAGUUGCCUUUACUGGAUCAAAUAAAACCAAAAAUUUAAUAUACUGUUAGUAACCUGCCUUGGUUUGCAGACAAAUCAGUGGCUGACUCAUUGACAGAGUCUGGAAGAAGCAUUUCCUGCCAUCCUUUUCCGGGAGGAUAUAUGUUAAUAGAGCAUAAGCUGCUGAUGGAGCACAGAGGAGCUGUUCUCAAUAGAAUAAAAUCUUGCUAAUGCACCAGGCCAGUGUGUUCAAAGAUGCACUUGUGGGGGGGAGAAAAUCCUUUUGCCGAAAGAGAAAAAGCCCUUGCAGCUCCUUUGCUGCAAGUCAGUGCUUUUUAUAGCUGAACAAGGGCUGAAUCUUGAAGUUACUUGCAUUCUCUCUUCACAUCCCCCUUUUCUAUUCUGCCACUGCCCCAGGCUUUGUGUGCAUGUGACAAUAUAAGCAUGCUGCCUCUCCCAUCUGAACAGCUCAAAGUGUUUCCCCAAAGUAGCUACGCAGCCCCUCUCUUCUACCUGGGAAGUAAAACUAGGACUUGCACAAGGUGUUACCCUGGUAUUGUUUCUACAGCAGUGCUGGUAAAAAAAGUAAAGAAUGCAGAGUCUGCUCCGCCUGACAGUGUGUGGUGGUGGUGGGGGAAGUGUCCUUGUUAAGCUGCACCCUGUUAAACUUAAAAUCCUGUUAAGCUUUUCAACUUCUUCACACUGGGGCCCGAUCAGGGCGGGGAGCCUUUUUCAGCCUAAGGGUCUUCUCCUGUCCUGUCAUCAUCAACCCUUCGUGACACCCCAUGGGACCACCAUCUUAACCUGUGCUUUAUUUGCAGUAUAAGCAGGUAUCCUCAAGGAAGGUGAAUUUAGGUGCUGUGUGUGGCUGUAUAUCCCAUGGGCUGGACUCCAGCUCUGAUCAUCCCUGGCCAUUGGCUGUGCCAGCUUGGGCUGAUGGGAUUGGGAGUUGGACAGCAUCUGGAAGGCCACACCUCUGUUGUAGUCUAACUCCCCAGGAAAAGGCAUGUGCCCCUUAUGCCCAUAGAUGAGGUUGGGGGGAAACUCCUAUCAGAAAUGCAACGCCACAAAUGCCCACUCACACUAUAAAGAGCUCACAACCCACCUACUCUCUGCAGUCAGAAACAUCAUAGCCAGACACUGGAGGAACCUGUCAAAAAUAAAUAUGGGACGCUGGUAUCAAGUAGUAUGGGAAACGGCCUUAUUAGAAAAGCUAACCAAUAGACUGAAACUGACAUGGGGAGAAAUAGAAGAGGAUGCCUUCACCCCAGUAUGGCUCCCCUUUAUCACAAACACAGCCCAACAAGACAACAACAAGAAUGACAGCAUGUGAAUCAAUAUGGCUAACUUAACCCAACAAUGCCCUCCCACGCACAAACAAAUCCCACUGCAGCCAACCAAAGACAAUCAGCCACACACUAUGCCACCCCCAACCUCUCUCACCACCAAGGAAACAACAAGCGAAUAGAAAGAGAACCUACCCAAGUGACGCUGACACAAAAACCCCACACAUGCACUAAGGAAAAUAAUAUAAGAUUUACCACCUCAUCCCCUCUCACCCCCCUUUUCUUCCCAACCCUAAACUGCAUAUAACACCAAUGACUCACAAAAAAAUGUAACUGAUCUGUAGAAAACACAGCCUGAAGAAAGAGACAAUAUGUGUGCUUUUGUAAACAAAGAAAAUAUUUAAUAAAAAUUAUUUUAAAACAAAAAAGAAUGCUGGAGAGCUGCUGCUUGUUGGAAGAGGCACUUCUGAUCUAGGUGGACCAAAGGAUUCAGCUAAGUAUAUGGCAGCUUCCCAAUGCCCUGAACGUAAUGGAAAAUGCCUAUGGGAGCUUCUGUGCUUCUGCUUACUCAGAAAAGUUAGAGAAGAGGAACAAGAGACAGUAGGAGGAAGAAGCUCAUAGCCAUGCACUUGCAGCAAAGCACAUUAACAUACACUAGCCUUCUUUGAACUACAGUUCCCACCAGCUGCUUCCAGUGUAGCCAACAGUCAGGACCAUGGGUGUUCUAGUCCCAAACAGCUAGAGGGCAGCAGGUUGGGGGUGACUGACAUACAGCAGCAUUCAAGUGUCCCUCCAGAUGUUGCUGGACUACUACUCCCAUCAUGCUGGCUGGAGCUGAUGGGAGCUGGAGUCCAACAUCAUCUUCAGGGCCACAGGUCCCCAUCCUGAUGUAAUUGAUAGUAACACACACACACACACUACACUGUUUGUCUUUCCUGCUCCUGCUCAACCUCUAUUUCGCCCAUGAAAUCACAGGCAUUGUUGCUUGAGGUCAAACUCCUCUCCUCUUCCCCGAUGUUUUUGUACUCCCUUUUCUUGUACCUCCUGCACCCAUAGACCGACAGGCCAAUCAGGAUGGCCAAGCCAGUGGUGGCACCAACAGUGACCCCUGCUGUCUCUCCACCUGAGAAGCUCCCACCAGCAGCGUUCAUGUUGUGCAGAUUGGCAGGGCUACCUAUCUUCCACAUCUGGGUCUGGGUGUCCUUGAUCCAAACCUGGUCACCAUGGCUGUUCAUCACCAUGACGGUGUUGGUGGCAGUUAAGCUCAUGACAGGUUUGCGAGUGAAGGGAGGGAGCCGGGCUUGGGGUAAAGCCCCUUCCGUGAAACGUCCAGCCUGGACACAGUAUUGCACUUCACAGCCAUCACUGAUCAGAGCCAGGUGCUGGCCAAACCCUGCUGGGCACCUCUUGGAGUAGGGGUCAUCAUCUGUUCCACGGUGGUGUCCCGUCAGCGGGUUUCCUACCUGGCAACUGAAGAACCCCCCAAAAGGAAUAACGUUCCUCUGUGCCCGGGCAUCGUUGCUGACGCAGAUUACGAGCUGGUCCAAGAGCUUCAGCUGGUAAUAGUUGGAGGGACAGGACUGGCUGUUGGUCAUGGGGUUGGGGCUCUGGGCACUAAAGAGGCCUCCAAAAAGGAACCCUGACUGUUGAGGGACGGAGUUUCUUGCUGCACACCAAUAGGAGCUGAACUGGACCAUGGAAGGGGUGAAAACAUCGUUGCAAACCUGUCUGCAGAAUAUCCACAGCUUGCAAUCCUGGCGGCACGCCAAGUGGCUAUAGCCUUCCUCAAGUAGCUGGGAGCGCAGUUUGAUUGCGUCAUAACCCUCGGGGCAAGAGAAGUCUCCAGUGAGUGGGUUCCUCUGCUCCAGGUCCUGGCAGAGCACAGCAGCAUCAGGACCUUCCAGCUGAGCACACUCCUGGUAGACUCCACCAAAGGUGAAGUUGGUCAUUGUCCCUUCACAGCUCCCAUCAUCCAUGUUGGCAUAGAAGUUGAAGUUGGGCGAGGCAGGGUCGAUGCAGCCAGGGUAGGUGUUGAAUGUGUAGUAACGGGAGAUGGCAGAUGCCACAGUCCUGGACAAUCUCUUCACGGUGGGGGUGGGCAAUCCCGGCAGAUUUCCUGGGGUGAUGAAGAAUGGCAGAGGCAAGCCUGAACGGUCAACAGCCACCAGCUGGUUGGUGGUGCUCUCCUGCCAAGUUUUCAGGGUAAUGCCAGGGUAAAAUGGUACCCCACCAAUACUCUCCACCCUGGAGCUGGCGAGGUUGUCCUGAUACUGCUGGGUGAAAGCGUUUUCUGUCGCCACUGAAGUGCUAAUGUCAAAGUGGAGCAUUUUGCGGAAAGAGGCCCCAGCCGCAGCUGUGACAGAAAUUCUCGAGGACUUGCCAUCUUUCACAAAGGAGGACUUCACUUGGUCCUCCUGGAUGAGGCUGGCUCCAGCAUCAACUCCUGUGAUAACAUGAGUGCCGUAGUUUAGGACCAAGAUCUCUGCCAAGUAGUCAGCCAUUCGUGUGUGGUUGUUCUCCAGAUAGCUAGCAAUGGUGACAAGCUGCCGCUGGAAGCCUUCAUCUAACAUUGCACCAGGGUUGAAUUUCACAGUGUACAUCAAAUUCCUGACCUGAACCCUGGUGGUCACAGCCUGAUCUCUCACUUGGUGGGUUUUCAUCCUGCGGAAGUCAGUGGAAAACUUUCCGUUGAUAGAAAGAAAGGACACCUCUGCAUUGAUGGAAACGGAGGUGGCACACUGGUAAUCCAUCCAAGACUCUAUGAUCUCUGAGUUCAUCUCCAGGGAGCUCUGUUUACGGGCGAUGGCAAAAAACUCAUUGGGGAUGAAAUAAGCCCCAUCUUCCGUAGUGCUGCACGAAGAGUAGUUUAGGCUGAUCACUCUUGCCAUAUCCAGAUUCCUCAGGUUAUCCCAACCACCUCCAGGAAGAACUUCCAGUGCAGGAAGAUUCAAGACCUGUUUGCAUGCCUGAAAUCCAGUGACAGAAGGACGGCACAAGGGUGAUUCCUGUGCCCAACAUACCCAAGUUAUGAGCGUCAAGGAGAGAACGAUCCCUGUCCAAUUACUCAUGGCUCGACCAGUGUAGAGGAAAAGCUAGCAUCUGAAUGGUCUCAAUGUGCUUCUCUCUCUACUGCUUGUGGUAACCCCAGUAGAGGCUUCCUUCUUUU